CAAGAAUUGGGGGCAGAUCAGCUCUGACUAAGUGCACUGAGCUUCCUUUGUGAGUCACACAUAAUAAACAUUGUCAAUGCAAGCUGGGGGACAGGCUGUGACUUGGAGCUGACACUGCCCCUUUAAAAUCUGAAUCCUGGACUAAUGAUUUAUCAAACUCUUAUUAUCAAGAAAAUGUCAAACGAAGGGCACCUUCCUCUGCACUGACGCAAACUCUCUCUGCUCUAGCUCCAUAUAGAAGGUUCUGUGCUGUAACAGUCUGCUCCAGUCUAUAGCCAGUGAGUGGACCCUCCACAGGCACCCAGGACAGAACAGGACUAUGGUGAGUGCUGCAAUUUACCAAUUUUAUACACCUCUGGGGGGAUAGGGGUACACACUGCCUUCCUGUACAUUGAUUUUAUUUGUAGAAUUAUUAACACUGUUUAAUCUCCUGGUAUAAUAUUACUAGGCAUUAUAUUACUGGUACAGUAUUUAUUAUUGUGUUAUACAGAGAGAUAAACAGUUAUAUAGACUAGCAUAGUGUUAUACAGAGAUUACCAUUAUAUAGAAUAUCACAGUGUUAAAAAGAGAGAUAAACAGUUAUAUAGAAUAUCAUAGUGUUAUACAGGGAGAUACACCUUUAUAUAGACUAUCAUAGUGUUAUACAAAGAGAUAAACAGUUAAAUAAACUAUCAUAGUGUUAUACAGAUAAAUAAACAGUUAUAUAGACUAUCAUAGUGUUAUAGAGAGAUAACCCUUUAUGUAGAUGAUCAUAGUGUUAUACAGAGAGAUAACGUUAUAUAGACUAUCAUAGUGUUAUAUAGAGAGACAAACAUUUAUAUUGACUAUCAUAGUGUUAUAUAGAGAGACAAUCAUUUAUAUAGACUAUCAUAGUGUUAUAUAGAGAGACAAACAUUUAUAUUGACUAUCAUAGUGUUAUAUAGAGAGACAAUCAUUUAUAUAGACUAUCAUAGUGUUAUACAGAGAUAAACAGUUACAUAGACUAUCAUAGUGUUAUACAGAGACAAACAGUUAUAUAAACUAUCAUAGUGUUAUAUAGAGACACAGACAUUUAUAUAGACUGUCAUAGUGUUAUACAGAUAAAUAAACAGUUAUAUAAACCAUCACAGUGUUAUACAGAGAGAUAAUUCUUUAUAUAGACUGUCAUAGUGUUAUACAGAGAGAUAAGCUGAAAUAUAGACUAUCAUAGCGUUAUAGAGAGAUACACAGUUACACAGACUAUCAUGGUGUUAUAUAGAGAGAUAACCCUUUAUAUAGACUAUCACAGUGUUAUACAGGGAUAUAAACUGGAAUAUAGACUAUCACAGUGUUAUAGAGAGAUACACAGUUACACGGACUAUCACAGUGUUAUACAGAGAGAUAACCCUUUAUAUAGACUAUCAUAGUGUUAUACAGAGAGAUAACCCUUUAUAUAGACUAUCAUAGUGUUAUACAGAGAGAUAACCCUUUAUAUAGACUAUCAUAGUGUUAUACAGAGAGAUUCACAGUUACACAGACUAUCAUAGUGUUUUACAGAGAGAUAAACCUUUACAUAGACUGUCACAGUGUUAUAUAUAGAGAUUAACGUUAUACAGAAUAUCAUGGUGUUAUAAAGAGAGAUAACCAUUUAUAUAGACUGUCAUAGUGUUAUACAGGGACAUACACCUUUAUAUAGAUUGUCAUAGUGUUAUACAGGGAGAUACACCUUUAUAUAGACUGUCAUAGUGUUAUACAGGGAGCUGAGACUCGAAACAUAGCUGACUUGGAGUAAUUGUCUAAAUCAGCAAUUUUGGCCUUAAAUUAGAAACGAGUUUUGAAUUCUGGACAAUAACCUGACAGACUUAGUUUAUUUUUGCAGUAAAAUGCUGAGCAAAGGACUAAUUAUAAUAGCAUUAAACAGGAGAAUAUCCAGGAGUAAAAUUAAACAGUAGCAAAAUCACCCUGAUAUCCUGGAAGUUGGCAUUAGAGAGUAAUAAAGGUAGCAUUACUAGCUCUGGGACAGAAUUCCGGAACAGGACACUUUAUUUCUGCACAUAGAAUUGAGGAUUAUUUUGUCAGUCCCAGGAACUUGCUCUUGUCUGGUUUUUGUACAUUGCUGUGGACAUAAUUUCCUCUCUGAUUGAGUUGUGAGCACAUAUACCGUGUGUUAUUAUACUCUAUUAUUAUUGUUAUUGGUUUUUUUUCAGUCAUUUAUUAUUAUUAUUAUUAUUAUUAUUAUUAUUAUUAUUAACUGGAGAAGCUGAAAUAGUAACUUUAUAACUUUAGUAUUAGGUUAAGUAUCUUAGUAUUAUACAAUAAUCAUCACGGUGUUAUACAAAACUAAGACAUUAUUAUACCAUAACUAUCACAGUAUUAUACAAUAAGUAACAUAGUAUUAGACAACAAUGGCCACAGUAUUAUACAAUAUAUAACAGUUUUAAAUAAUAAUUAUCUCUGUAUUAAACAGUAAUUGACACAGUAUUAUGCAAUAACUAACUGUAUUAUACAAUAAAUAACACAGUAUGAUACAGUAACUGACACAGUAUUAUAUAUUACAGAUGUCAUCAUUAUACAUUAUCUAUUACAGUAUUAUAUAACUAACACAGUAUUACAUAUUACAGAUCUCAUCAUUAUACAUUAACUAUUACAUUAUUAUAUAAGAACUAACACAGUAUUAUAUAAUAAUGAUCUCAGUAUUAUACAUUGACUAUCAGAAUAUUGUAGAAUAAUUAUCACAGUAUUAUAUACAGAUCUCAUCAUUAUACAUUAAGUAUCACAGUAUUAUAUUAUAACUAACAGUAUUAUAUAGUAAAGAUCUCAGUAUUAUACACGGACUAUCAGAAUAUUAUAGAAUAACUAACACAGUAUUAUAUAUUACAGAUCUCAGUAUUUUACAUCAACUAUCACAGUGAUAUAGAAUAACUAACUAAUGUAUUAAAGAUCUCAGUAUUAAACAUUAACUAUCACAGUAUUAUAUAAUAACUAACAUAGUAUUAUAGAAUCACUAACACAGUAUUGUAGAAUAACGAACACAUUAUUAUAUAUUAAUGAUCUUAGUAUUAUACAUUGAUUAUCAAAGUAUUAUAGAAUAACUAACACAGUAUUAUAUAUUAAAGAUCUAAGUAUUAAACAUUAACUAUCCCAGUAUUAUAGAAUAACUAACACAUUAAUAUAUAUUAAAGAUCUCAGUAUUACACAAUUACUAUCACCGUAUUAUAGAAUAACUAACACAGUAUUAUAGAAUAACUAACAUAGUAUUAUAGAAUAACUAACAUAGUAUUAUAUAAUAACUAACACAGUAUUAUAUAUUAAAGAUCUCAGUAUUAUUAAGUAACUAAUACAGUAUUAUAGAAAAACUAACACAUUAUUAUAUAUUAAUGAUCUCAGUGUUUUACAGCAACUAUCACAGUAUUAUACUAUAUCUAACGCAGUAUUAGACAAUAACCAUUUCAGUAUUAUGCAAUGACUAUCACAGUAUUAUGCAAUAACUGUAUAAAACUUUAUAAAGAGAGCUAAAGCAGCAGGGACACAGUAUUAACAGGAGCUGAAACAGAUACAGACACAAUAUGGUAACAGUUAAAUGUACAAUGUAACGUUUAUAGUAUCAUACCAAGAGCUGUCCAAUGCUGCAAUGAAGACAGUAACAAAGUAACAACCUUUCUAAUACUGAACACUAAUUAUCUUAGAAUUGUGCAGAGAGUUUAAACGGGUUUAGUAGAAACUAUUCAUCAGAAUAACAGUACUGACUUUAAAACAGUAACAGAGGAAAUGUCAUCAUAGUAACACUAGGAGCUGUCCAGUGUUGAACCUGAACCUAAAUUAGUAACACAGAUUUUCACAGCAACACUAGAUGCUGUCCAGUGCUGAACCCAAAUCAGUAACACAUAUUAUCACAGUAAGACUGGGAGCUGUCCAGUGCUGAACCUGAAUCAGUAACACAUAUUAUCACAGUAAAAUUGGGAGCUGUCCAGUGCUGAACCUGAAUCAGUAACACAUAUUAUCACAGUAAAAUUGGGAGCUGUCCAGUGCUGAACCUGAACCUAAAUUAGUAACACGGAUUAUCACAGCAACACUGAUGCUGUCCAGUGCUGAACCCAAAUCAGUAACACAUAUUAUCACAGUAAGAUUGGGAGCUGUCCAGUGCUGAACCUGAAUCAGUAACACAGAUUAUCACAGUAACACCGGGAGCUGUCCAGUGCCGGACCCGAAUCAGUAAAACAGAUUAUCACAGUAACAGUAAUAGCUGUCUAGUGCUGAACCUGAAUCAUUAAUAUAGAUUAUCACAGUAACACUAGUAGCUGUCCAGUGCCGGACCCGAAUCAGUAACACAGAUGAUCUCUAGUAGCUGUCCAGUACUGAACUUGAAUCAGUAAGAUAGCCUAUAACAGUAACAUCGGGUGUUGUCCAGUGCUGAACCCAAACCAGUUAAAUAGACUAUGAAAGCAACACUGGGAACUGUCCAUCCAGUGCUGAACCCAAACAAGUAACACAGACUAUCACAGUCGCAAUGGGAGCUGUCCAUGGCUGAACCUGAAUCAGUAUGAUGGAAUCCCAGUAACACCAGAAACUGUCCAUCCAGUGCUGAACCUGAGUCAGUUUGAUGGACUAUCCCAGAGACACCAGGAGCUGUCCAUCCAGUGCUGAACCUGAGUCAGUUUGAUGGGCUAUCCCAGUAACACCAGAAGCUGUCCAUCCAGUGCUGAACCUGAGUCAGUUUGAUGGACUAUCCCAGUAACACCAGAAGCUGUCCAUAAAGUGCUGAACCUCAAUCAGUAUGACUAUCACAGUAACACUGGGAACUGUCCAUCCAGUGCUGAACCUCAAUCAGUAAGACAGGCUGUUACAGUAACAUCAGCAGCUGUCCAUCCAGUGCUAAACCUGAAUCAGUAUGAUGGACUAAAAUAUAUAGUAUAUAUUUGUGUCAUAUUCAUUUAUUAAUAAAUCAAUGAAUGUUCAAUGUAUGUAUGUUGAUCUAUAUAUGUGUGUAUGUGUGUUUAUGAAUGUAUAUGUGUGCUUCUAUGUACUAAUGCUUUUGUGUGUGUGUGUGUGUGUGUGUGUGCUUGUAUGUAUAUACCUUUGUAUUUGUGCCUAUAUCCAUAUAUUUUAAGUGCUGGUCAGGGAAAAUUGGAAAUCGCUGGCAUGUUAUAUACUGGUACAUAUAAUCCUACCUUUGUUUAAUUAAAUGAAAUCUUCAAUCUGGAUUAUGGAUGAUUUGGGGGAAUAUUGGAAAGCGCUUUGUUUUACCCUCUGCAUCCAGAGCUUGUCUGUGGAACAGGGAAUGCGCUAUACUGAGUGACACAAGGUAAAUGGGGCGGAAAAUUAAGGAAUCUUUCUACAAUAGAGAAGGGAGAAUGGAGCCCCCCCAGCUGCCAUGUGAAAUGUAAUCCCAGGCUAAUAUUUAUUACAGCCAGCCUGGGUCAGUGUAGAGGAGAAUGUGCUCUCUGUAUAUUAAGCAUAUUACAGGUAAACUAACAUGCUCUCUAUAUUAAGCAUUGCACAGGUAGAGAAACACAUGUUUAUUCUGUGUUAACCCAUUCUUUGUUUUUGACAGGAUUUGGCAAAUCCAAUGGAUUUAGGGAAGAAGACAGUGAACAGUCCAGAUGGUGCUGCCCCGGGGCCCAUUGGGGCUGCAGGAAUCACGAAGCAAAGUGCUGAUAAUGAUAUCCCUCUACAAGCAUCUUCAAAACUCGCCAAACUGUCCCAAUCUGCUUCCAGUGACUGCAAGGGGUUCCCUUCUGAAGACCCCAAGGUUAGCCCCCUGGAGAGAUCUAAAACUGGGGGGUCCUGCAAGUCUAGCACCCCAAUUCACAGCAAUUUUGCUCAAAGGAAAGAUUCUGUAGAGAGUUUUCCCCUGAAGAAUGACUCACAGGCAGAUCGAAAUGGGCAGAGUAAUGCUGUGCAAUGCCGCAUUGUACCCCUCCAGAGUGCAGAAGGGGAGCUUCACCAGAGCUUCAGAAAGACUUCUCUGGAGCACAAUAAUGCCCAGGGGGGUUGGGUGCCCAUGACACAGAGUACUGUGGUACUAGGCACAGAUGGCAACACCUCUGUUUACCCUGGCAGCCUCGAUGGGGUAAGUUGGUCUUAAUAAUGCUUAAACAUUCUAUUGCUGCAUCAUAGCAACUACUGACGCUGUGUCUGUAAAUAAUAAUACUACAAUUACAGUACCUUACUUAUUGAUUAAACUAUCAGGGUUUUUCACGUUUGAAUUGCUGGAAAUCUAAAAUGAAUUUUAAAAUUGUGGCCACAAAGAGAAAUUGGACAUAAUACAUGAAAUUCACUUUACACUGACCAAGAAUUCCAGCCAGUCACCAGUUUAGUGAAAAAACAUAUGUGUGUUAGUAAGCAUUACUAGUAAUACUAUUACUAAUGCAACGUAUUGUAUGCCUUAUUCUUACCAAGUAUUAAUGCUUACUAAUGCACAUAUAGUUUUUAAACUGUGAACUGGCUGGAGUUUAAUCUUAAUAUUCUUUAGUAAGUAUUACUCCUGCAUCCUAAUCAUUCUUAAAGUCGUGUCUUUGUAAGUAUUAAUACUACUUUUGUUGCAUCAUAUUACAUUUUAAUAUAUAAGUAUUAAUCCUGCAUCAUAAAAAUUCACACAAAAAAAGAGACAUGUCUAAGUAUUUAUACUAAUUUUACGGCAGCUCUUGAAUUCAUAUUGCUGUGUCUCAGAAUUAUCUUAUUUCUUAUAGAUAGAUUUAGUGAAUAUUAACACUGCAUCUAAAUAUUUUUAAAAAUAUAUAUCUUAGUAAAAAUGUAUGCUAUCAUUCAUGAUUUUUUAAUUUUAAAAUUUUAAUGUUGCAUCUUAGUAAUAUAUAUAAAAUAAUUAAUUGUAAUACUAAGUAACAACACUGAAUUUCAAUAUUUUGUGAAGAUCUCUAUUGGUAUGUUUUAGUACUUAUAGUACUUUUUUAUUUUAUUCUUAAUGCUGCAUCUUAAUACGUAUUAACAUUAUUUCUUAGAGCUAAUUAAUAAAUAAGAUUAAAUACGGCAUCUUCAUACAUUUUAAAUAUGUGUCUAAGUAUAAUUAAAGCAGUUGCGGAAUCGUAACAAUUUAUAAUAAUCAUUGGGUUAGUAUUGGCUAGAUGAGUUAGAGAAUUAUUGUGUUGGAUAUUUUUUGCAUUUAGUGUUUCAAAUUUGUUUUUUAUUGAAUACAUUCUUGUGUCUUAAUAACUAUUAGUACCCUGUCCAAGUAUGUAUUAAUUCUGGGAAUUAAUAUGCAUGAAUUCUAUGUUUUAAUACCAAUUAAUAAUGUCUUAAAUAUUAUAUCUUGUUACAUAUUAUUAGUAUGUCUCUGGGUGUAUUAAUGCUGUUUCCUAGUGUGUGUUUAAUGCUGUGUGCCAGUAUGUCUCAAUGCUGUGUCAGUUUAUAUUAAUACUGAGUAUACAUUAAUGCUGUGUCUUUAUAUAUAUUAAUGCUAUACCUCAGUAUGCAUUAAUGAUAUAUAUUACUGUAUAUUAAUGCUAUGUCUCAGUGUGUAUUAAUUCUGUAUCUUUGUGUGGAUUAAUGGUAUGUCUCAGUGCCUAUUAUUGCUAUGGUAAUAAUGCUGUGGUAUUGAUGCUAUUACUACUGAGUAUUACCACAUCUCAGUGUGUACUAUUGCCAUGUUUCAAUGUAUGUUAAUGCUAUGUUUCAGUGAGUAUUAAUGUUAUGACUCAGUGAGUAUUAAUGCUAUGUCUUAAUGUGUAGUGAUGCUAUGUCUCAGCGUGUAUUAAUGAACUUUAAUUAUAUGUCUAUAUUAUGCUUUUGCUUAGUGAAUUGUAUUGAUAUGACUCAGUGUGUAUUGAUGCUAUGUCUCAGUGAGUAAUAAUAGAAAGCUUGAUAAAGGCCUCUGUGCAGGCAGAAACCUUGCAUUUCUUGUUCCAAUAAAACUUCUUGAUGGUAGACCUGGAGGGCCUAGACCAUAUUUAUUUGUUGACUUUCUGUAAUGGGGUUUGCCAGCUCCAGGUCUGGAGCACCUAGGUCUUUAUAUAAGAGUGUGUUUUCCUUUUUCUCUGUGGAUUAUCAGUGAGUAAUAAUGGCAUAUCUCAGUGUGUAUUGAUGCUAUGCCUCAGUGUGUAUGUGUCUCAGUGAGUAUUAAUGUUAUGUCUCAGUGCGUAGUAAUACUAUGUCUCAGUGAGUAUUAAUGUUAUGUCUCAGUGCGUAGUAAUACUAUGUCUCAGUGAGUAUUAAUGCUAUGUCUCAGUGUGUAUAAUGCUAUGUGUCAGUGAGUAUUAAUACUAUGUCUCAGUGUGUAUAAUGCUAUGUCUCAGUGAGUAGUAAUGCUAUGUCUCAGUGUGUAUUAAUGCUAUGUCGCAGUGUGUAAUAAUGCUAUGUUUCAGCGAGUAUUAAUGGUAUGUCUCAGUGUGUUACAAUGCUAUGUCUCAGUGAGUAUUAAUGUUAUAUCUCAGUGAGUAUUAAUACUAUGUCUCAGUGUGUUACAAUGCUAUGUCUCAGUGUGUAUUCAUGUUGUAUCUCAGUGAGUAGUAAUGCCAUGUCUCAGUGUGUAUUAAUGCUAUGUCUCAGUGUGUAUUAAUGGUAUGCCUCAGUGUGUAAUAAUGUUAUGUCUCAGUGUGUAUCAUGCUAUGUCUCAGUGAAUAUUAAUGUUAUAUCUCAGUGGGUAUUAAUGCUAUGCCUCUGUGCGUAGUAAUGCUAUGUCUCAGUGAGUAUUAAUGUUAUAUCUCAGUGAGUAUUAAUGCUAUGUCUCAGUGUGUAAUAAUGCUAUGUCUCAGUGUCUAUUAAUGUUAUAUCUCAGUGAGUAUUAAUGCUAUGUCUCAGUGAGUAUUAAUGUUAUAUCUCAGUGAAUAUUAAUGCUAUGCCUCAGUGCAUAGUAAUGCUAUGUCUCAGUGAGUAUUAAUGUUAUAUCUCAAUGAGUAUUAAUGCUAUGGCUCAGUGUGUAAUAAUGAUAUGUUUCAGUGAGUAUUAAUGGUAUGUCUCAGUGUGUAAUAAUGCUAUGUCGCAGUGCAUAUUAAUGCUGUGUCUCAGUGUGUAUUAAUGGUAUGUCUCUGUGUAAUAAUGCUAUGUCUCAGUGAGUAUUAAUGUUAUAUCUCAGUGAGUAUUAAUGCUAUGCCUCAGUGCGUAGUAAUGCUAUGUCUCAGUGAGUAUUAAUGUUAUAUCUCAGUGAGUAUUAAUGCUAUGUCUCAGUGUGUAAUAAUGCUAUGUUUCAGCGAGUAUUAAUGGUAUGUCUCAGUGUGUAAUAAUGCUAUGUCUCACUGAGUAUUAAUGUUAUAUCUCAGUGGUUAUUAAUGCUAUGUCUCAGUGCAUAGUAAUGCUAUGCCUCAGUGAGUAUUAAUGUUAUAUCUCAGUGAGUAUGAAUGCUAUGUCUUAGUGUGUAAUAAUGCUAUGUCUCAGCGAGUAUUAAUGGUAUGUCUCAGUGUGUAAUAAUGCUAUGACUCAGUGAGUAUUAAUGCCAUGUCUCAGUGAGUAUUAAUGGUAUAUUUCAGUGUGUAUUAAUACUAUGUCUCAGUGAGUAUUAGUGCUAUGUCUCAGUGGGUAGUAAUUGCAUGUCUCAGUGUGUAAUAAUUCCUAUGUCUCAGUGAGUAUUAAUGCUAUGUCUCAAUGAGUAUUAAUGGUAUGUCUCAGUGUGUAAAAAUGGUAUGUCUCAGUGAGUAUUAAUGGCAUGUCUCAGUAUUUAGUAAUGCUAUGUCUCAGUGAGUAUUAAUGCUAUGUCUCACUGAGUAUUACUGGUAUGUCUCAGUAUGUAGCAAUGCUAUGUCCCAGUAAGUAUUGAUGCCAUGUUUCAGUGAGUUAUAAUGGUAUGUCUCAGUGUGUAGUAAUUCUAUGUCUCAGUGAGUAUUACUGCUAUUUCUCAGUGUGCAUUAAUGCUAUGUCUCAGUGAGUAUUAAUGCUAUAUCUCAGAGUGUAUUAAUGCUAUGUCUUAGUGAGUAUUAAUGGUAUGUCUAAGUGUGUAUUAAUGCUAUGUCUCGGUGUGUAGAAAUGCUAUUUCCCAGUGAGUAUUGAUGCCAUGCCUCAGUGAGUAUUAAUGGUAUGUCUUAGUGAGUAUUAAUGUUAUAUCUCAAUGAGUAUUAAUGCUAUGGCUCAGUGUGUAAUAAUGAUAUGUUUCAGUGAGUAUUAAUGGUAUGUCUCAGUGUGUAAUAAUGCUAUGUCGCAGUGCAUAUUAAUGCUGUGUCUCAGUGUGUAUUAAUGGUAUGUCUCUGUGUAAUAAUGCUAUGUCUCAGUGAGUAUUAAUGUUAUAUCUCAGUGAGUAUUAAUGCUAUGCCUCAGUGCGUAGUAAUGCUAUGUCUCAGUGAGUAUUAAUGUUAUAUCUCAGUGAGUAUUAAUGCUAUGUCUCAGUGUGUAAUAAUGCUAUGUUUCAGCGAGUAUUAAUGGUAUGUCUCAGUGUGUAAUAAUGCUAUGUCUCACUGAGUAUUAAUGUUAUAUCUCAGUGGUUAUUAAUGCUAUGUCUCAGUGCAUAGUAAUGCUAUGCCUCAGUGAGUAUUAAUGUUAUAUCUCAGUGAGUAUGAAUGCUAUGUCUUAGUGUGUAAUAAUGCUAUGUCUCAGCGAGUAUUAAUGGUAUGUCUCAGUGUGUAAUAAUGCUAUGACUCAGUGAGUAUUAAUGCCAUGUCUCAGUGAGUAUUAAUGGUAUAUUUCAGUGUGUAUUAAUGCUAUGUCUCAGUGAGUAUUAGUGCUAUGUCUCAGUGGGUAGUAAUUGCAUGUCUCAGUGUGUAAUAAUUCCUAUGUCUCAGUGAGUAUUAAUGCUAUGUCUCAAUGAGUAUUAAUGGUAUGUCUCAGUGUGUAAAAAUGGUAUGUCUCAGUGAGUAUUAAUGGCAUGUCUCAGUAUUUAGUAAUGCUAUGUCUCAGUGAGUAUUAAUGCUAUGUCUCACUGAGUAUUACUGGUAUGUCUCAGUAUGUAGCAAUGCUAUGUCCCAGUAAGUAUUGAUGCCAUGUUUCAGUGAGUUAUAAUGGUAUGUCUCAGUGUGUAGUAAUUCUAUGUCUCAGUGAGUAUUACUGCUAUUUCUCAGUGUGCAUUAAUGCUAUGUCUCAGUGAGUAUUAAUGCUAUAUCUCAGAGUGUAUUAAUGCUAUGUCUUAGUGAGUAUUAAUGGUAUGUCUAAGUGUGUAUUAAUGCUAUGUCUCGGUGUGUAGAAAUGCUAUUUCCCAGUGAGUAUUGAUGCCAUGCCUCAGUGAGUAUUAAUGGUAUGUCUUAGUGAGUAUUAAUGGUAUGUCUCAGUGUGUCAUAAUGCUAUUACUCAGUGAGUAUUAAUGGUAUGUCUCAGUGUGUAAUUGAAAUGUCUCAGUGUGAGUAUUAAUGCUAUGUCUACGUGUGUAAUAAUGCUAUGUCUCAGUGAGUAUUAUUGCUAUGUCUCAGUGAGUAUUAAUGGUAUAUCUCAGUGAGUAGUAAUGUUAUGUCUCAGUGUGUAAUAAUGCUAUGUCUCAGUGAGUAUUAAUGCUAAGUAUCAGUGUGUAUUAAUGAUAUGUCUCAGUGUGUAAUUGAUAUGUCUCAGUGAGUGUUAAUGCUAUGUCUCAGUGUGUAAUAAUGUUAUGUCUCAGUGAGUAUUAAUGCUAUGUCUCAUUGUGUAUUAAAGUUAUGUCUCAGUGAGUAUUAAUGCUAUGUCCCACUGUGUAAUAAUGCUAUGUCUUAGUGUUUAAUAAUGCUAUUACUCAUUGAGUACCAAUGCUGUGUUUCUGUGUGUAAUAAUGCUAUGUUUCAGUGUGUAAUAAUGCUAUGUCUUAGUGUGUAGUAAUACUUAGUGUAUUGAUAUUAGGUCUCAGGAUGUAUUAAUGUUAUGUCGUGCUGUGCAAUAAUGCUUUGUCCCAGUGGGUAAUGAUGAUAUGUUUCAGUGAGUAAUAAUGCUAUGUCUCACUGUGUAAUAAUGCUAUGUCCAAGUGGUAACGAUUAUAUAUCUCAGUGAGUAUUAAUGCUAUGUCUCGGUGUGUUUUAAUAUUAUGUCUUAGUGAUAAUGCUCAGUGCAUUUAUACUAUGACUCAAUAAGCAUUAAUGCUAUGUUUCAGUGUGUAUUAAUGCUAUGUCUCAGUGACUAUUGAUGCUAGGACUUAAUUUGUAAUGGUAUUGCACAGUAUGUUUCAAUGCUAUGUCUUGGUAUUUCUUGAUAAUAAUGCCAAUGCUAUGUCUUGAUAUGCAUUAGCAUGUUAAUACUGUGUCUCAAUGUGUAUUCAUAAUGUGUCUCACUCUAAGUAUGUUAGAGAUUCAUAGGAAUACUAAGACAAAAUAUCUAGCAUUAAUAUACCUUAACACAGAGUAUACAUGUUGCAAUGCUGUGUUUAGUAUGAAUCCAUACUAAGUCUUUUUAUGUAUUAAUAUUGUGUUUAGUAUGUAUCAAUACUAUGUCUUAGCAUGUUUUAGUAUGUAUUAAUAGUGUUUGGUAUGCAUCAAUACUGUGUCUUAGUAUAUUUUAGAUGUAAUAAUAGUGUUUAGUAUGCAUCAAUACUAUGUCGUAGUAUAUUUUAGUAUUUAGUAAUAGUGUUUAGUAUGCAUCAAUACUGUGUCUUAUUACAUUUUAGUAUGUAAUAAUAGUGUGUUUAGUAUGGAUCAAUACUGUUUCUUAGUAUAUUUUAGUAUGUAAUAAUAGUGUGUUUAGUAUGGAUCAAUACUGUGUCUUAGUAUAUUUUAGUAUGUAAUAAUAGUGUUUAGUAUGCAUCAAUACUGUGUCUUAUUAUAUUUUAGUGUGUAAUAAUAGUGUGUUUAGUAUGGAUCAAUACUGUGUCCUAAUAUGUUUUAGUAUGUAUUAAUAGUGUUUAGUAUGCCUCAAUACUGUGUCUUAUUAUAUUUUAGUGUGUAAUAAUAGUAUGUUUAGUAUGCAUCAAUACUGUGUCUUAUUAUAUUUUAGUGUGUAAUAAUAGUGUGUUUAGUAUGGGCCAAUACUGUGCCUUAAUAUGUUUUAGUAUGUAUUAAUAGUGUUUAGUAUGCCUCAAUACUGUGUCUUAUUAUAUUUUAGUGUGUAAUAAUAGUAUGUUUAGUAUGGAUCAAUACUGUGUCUUGUUAUUUUAGUGUGUAAUAAUAGUGUGUUUAGUAUGGGCCAAUACUGUGUCUUAAUAUGUUUUAGUAUGUAUUGAUAGUGUUUAGUAUGGAUCAAUACUGUGUCUUAACACAUAUUAAUGCAAUUUCUUAGAAUUUCCAUUUUUCCAUUUUUUAAUAUUGUGUCUGAGUAUGUUAUAAUAAUAUAUUUUAGUAUAUAUCAAUAAUAUGUCUUUCUAUGUUUUAUUACUGAUUCUUAGUAUGUAUUAAUGCUGUGUCUUAGAAUACGUUCAUUUUGUGGUUUAGUAUGUAUUUAUGUUUUAUUAUACAUUAAUGCUAUGUCUUCGUAUUUAUUAAUACUGUGUAAGUCUAUUAAUGCUCUGAAGUAUAUGUUAAUACUGUGCAUCAGUAUCUAUCAAUACUGUGUCUUAGUUUUUAUUAUAAUGAUAGAUAGAGACAUGCAGAUAUACUAUAUUAUUUCCUAUGGCAAUUCUAUCUGUAUUAUGCUGCACACUAAACUGUACAAUAAAGUACUUCGUACUCUAUUAAUUUCUGGAAUGCUCAGUGGGGUAUCUACACAUUGUAAUAGAUACUAUAUUGUACAGCAGUGUAGUAGUGUAUGUUCAGCACACAUUAUACUAUUCAGCACUGUGUGCUUUAAAGCAGAGCUCCAAAUAUUACUUCAUAGCUCUGUAAACCACUACAUUUCUAACUGGUAUUCCUUGGAAGUUGAUUCCUGGAAUGUACAGUUUAAGGGUUGUUUUUUAUACUGUUGACAAAUAUAUUUAUUUUUCUUACAGGAGUGUUUAUAUUGUCUACUUUAUUUUGGUUAUAGAUAAUACAAUCUAUAUUUUUAAAAUUAAAAACUAUCAAUUACUUUUACUAUAGGAUUACAUACCCAUGCUAAUUCCAAAGGCAUAAAGGUGUGAAAGCACAUACAAUUAUUCAAAUGUAUUACCUUUUUAAUAUAUGAAGGGUCUUUUUUUCAAUGUAAUCAUAAAAGAACCCUAAAUAGCAUUAAUAUAAGUAAGAAGAACCAUAGUGUAAUCAUUUAACAUAGAAAAAACAAUGAUAGAAUAAAAUGGAACACUCACAAUUUUCAGAGCCCUUUAAAGAUUGGCUCUAAACUCUAAUAGCAUUUCAUCCACCACUGGGAUAGCUGAAAAUUGCUGGAACAAUGGACUAUCCAAAAGAAACAGGAACUAAAUGGUAAUGAUGAUACACACUUUUGUUCCAUAUAUAUAUAUUUUUAAAAAACGAUAUAAAAUACACACAACACGUUUCGACCCAAUAUAAGUCUUCUUCAAGUGCCAGACCUAUAUCAGAUUGAAACACGUUGUGUUUAUUUUAUAUUGUUUUAUUCUAUUUUAAUUUAUUUUAAUAUAUAUAUGGAAUAUACAUGUCUUUAUUAUCAUUACCACUUGGUUCCUGCUUCUUUUGGAUACUCCACUGUUCCAGCAAGGAUUUUCCAACAAUUUCCACCUAUCCCAGUGGUGGAUGAAAUGCUAUUACUGUUGAGAGCCAAUCUUUAAAGGGCUCUGAAAAUUGUGAGUGCUCUAUUUUACUCUAUCAUUGUAAUUUCUAUGUUAACAGAUUACACAAUGGUUCUUCUUUCUUAUAUUCAUGCAAUAUAGGGUUAUUUUAUGAUUACAUUGAGAAAAAAGUACCAUCAUAUAUGACAAAGGUAAUACAUUUUAAUUAAUGUGUGUGCUUUACACUUUUGUUUGGGAUUUAGCAAUUUUGCCGAGUGUACUAGGUGACAAUACAGUUUAAGUGUGUUUUAGGCUGCACUGGGUUACUAUUUGCCUAGCACCACAUAUUUCGUGUAAGUUUUUUCUUUGUAUGUUCUUCAUAUUAUUAAUAUUUUUUAUUAUUGCUGUUUAUAAGUCUCAGUCUUUGCAGCCACAAAUAUUAACAUUACCAAGAGAUUGCAUUUAAUAAUGAUUUUAACAAAAAAAAAAACAGCUAUUUUGCAAACCAUUUUUUAAAAUCGAAAUUAAUUAUCUAUCUUUUUUUUUUUUAGGAGGAUGAAGGAGAUGAAAACAAAGCUCGAGGUAACUGGUCAAGUAAACUGGAUUUCAUCCUGUCUAUGGUGGGCUAUGCUGUGGGUCUGGGAAACGUCUGGCGAUUCCCCUACCUGGCCUUUAAAAAUGGCGGAGGUAAGAUACAGGCACAAUAUGAUUUUGUAUAUUAAUAGGAGAAGUGGUUGGUCAGUCGAUUUCACAGCUACAGCUCAUUGAGAAGGACAGAAGAUAGAUGUGUGAUAGCUAGGAAGGUGUGCUAUUGAUAUCUGCACUUUUAUAAACUCAUGAAAAUUACAGACUGAAGUGCUUGAGGUGUGGGUUGUUUCCUUCAACAACAAAACUAUAGUAAAUACUGCUAUUUGGCUAUGUUGGGCAUCUGUAUUUCAGAGGUCAUUGUAGAUUGAUUUUGCAAUCUAUACAUGUUCCUUGAUAUCUGGCUGCACUACCCAACGUACAAUUAUAAGCCAGGAAUAUGAAGACACAAAGUACUUAUUAUAGGACCUUAGAAUGGCUGCUUUAACGUAUAAAAGUGAGAAAGCAUAAAUGUGAAACUAGUCAAGAUCAGGAUUCCAGAAAUAAGGAAAUACGAGUAAACAAGACAAAAUCGGACUACCAAAAAAUCAGGUAAUACAUAAAGCACUACACGAGGAACCAAUGGGAAACCACGACAGGGCAAAGACUAUGGUGCUAAAAUUUUAUUUAAAUACUGAGGUGGACAAUGAUUGGGUCAUGCAACCCCAAAAAGUGUGGGAAAGGGCUAACAGUGAUGACUUGGCAUUCCCCGAACUGUAAAUGAUGCUAGGCCUCAUAUAAAUAUAAGUAGAGGGGCGCCACGGGUGUGCAGUUUCCCUCUCUGAGUACCGCGACACCAGCGCCCUCCAUAAAUACUCCAUCCCUGGUUAAUAAUUGGCAUCAUUGUGCAUACAUUGAACAGCCACUCUGUGCAGAUUGGGAUAAUGCAGUUUACAGUCCAGCUAAUAAUGACAGAGAGACUGACAUGAACAUCAGUGUGGUAAUUAGCUUUAUUUUUCACAUCUUCAUUUUUACAGGAACACACAUGCCUCCAGACAUAAGCACAAAAAUACAGAAACCCACACAUACAUGAUCCAUUCAUAUAUUACUGAGUAAUUUAUACUAAUAAAUGAAUCAAUACAUCCAGUGCUUGCAAUGCUGUUUUAUAAAGUAACACAUGAAUGCGUUGUUGGAGAAGUUUGCAAUAAAACCCAUGUUUUUCCUUGCUGUGUCUCCCCAGGUGCAUUUCUGAUCCCGUAUCUGCUGAUGUUAGCGUUGGCUGGGGUUCCUAUCUUCUUACUGGAAGUGUCCCUGGGGCAGUUCGCAAGCCAGGGUCCCAUAUCCGUGUGGAAAGCGAUCCCUGGAUUGCAAGGUAAUCUUAUCAGGGUAAAAGAGUAACAAUGUGUUUGUAAACCAGGAAGCAAUCAUUUAAAUUUCUCUAAUUUUCAAGUAUGAAAAUAGUGCAAAGUUUAUUGGAGAGGUACUGGGUACACAUGUAGGGGACCUAUACACAGUGCUGGGCAAUCGGGCAAAGUGAGAAAGUAACAGUGCCAGGAAAUAGGGUAACAUAAGUACUAAGCAGCAGUGCAAGGUUACAUUUCUGAGUGUGUGUGGUAACAGUGUUUGGUAAUAACACAUUGUAACAGUACCAAGGAACAGGGAACGAGUGUUUGGUAAUGUGUUUGGUAACUCUGGAUAUCAGGGUAAUGAUGCUAGACACAUUAGUAGCAAUAUGAAGUAAUUAUGUAACACUGCUUUUUUACUGGCUAGCAGGGUUGGGUUACUGUGCACAGUAUAAAUAUGGUGGUAGGUUAGCAGGUAACCGGGUACAGGGUAAUGGUGGCUGGAUGAGGAUUGUAUUGUAUGUCAGUUUGCACUGUGUUUUAAUUACUUUCUAUUCUAUGUUCAAAUACACAUGUUCUGUUGUACUAAGUGUGGUGCUAUGCAUGUUCUCAGUGCUGUGUUAUAAGAUCUCUCCAUACUAUGUACUGUGAUGUGUGCGCUCUCUUACUGUGUGUGUGUUACAUGUGCACUUUAUAGUGUUUAUGUGUUCAUUCUGUACAUGGAGUUGUUUACAUGUUCUUUCUGUUCUGCACUCUGUAUUAGAUACUUGUGCUAUUACUCUCUGUAUUUGUGUGUCGGGUUAGUUCUAAUUAUGUUCUUGGAUAUCGGUUUUGUUGUUCGUAUUGCAUUGUGCGAUGACUUAGUUGUACUUUCUGUAUUUUUUUAUUAUUUUUUUAAAAAUUCUUUAUUUUUGUUGUGCUUGAGAUUAACAAAAAAAAAUUAACACACUGAGAAGAUUGCAAUGGGAAAAACAAGUCGGAUUAAAACAAGUGUGUAUAUAUAGCAGCACAUUUUUUAGAGAAAAGAAACAUUAACAUUGCAUGAAGAGUAAGGCAAUCAUUAUGACAGAUAGUAUACAGGCUGUAUGCACUGAGAGUGGUCUUACUAGUGUAAGUGUUAAUAGAAAUAGCAGGUGUAGCAUGCUUGACUUGUCUGAGUGAUACCCCCAGGAGGCCCCCAUGCUAGAAAAACGGGAGAGAUAGGUGUCUUAAAGGAAAGAGUGUAUAGAUAGUGGGAGUUGUGCAGACUUAUCAGUACGUAAGGGAGAUAGUUAGCUGCAGUAAUUCGGGUAGAUAAUGGGAUGAGAUGUCACCACCAAGUAUAUAGCGUGUUGUUCAGCCUAUGCCCUUCAUGGGCAGGACACAGUCCCCCUGUUUCAUGUGCUUCUUUGGGCGUUGCAUCAGAGAUGUAGUUGGGUGGCCCCGUGUCAGAAGUCGGUGACCCUGUUGCUUCCUGUCUUGAUUUGGCUGACUUACACUUGUCCCAGGGUUGAGCUGCUUCCUAUUGUAUGCUAUGAUUGACUGGGUCUGUCGCCGUUGCCUCUGCAGUCCCAGGCACCCCGCUCAAGUGGUGGGUGUUACUGGCCGGUAAGCAUCUGGUUGCUUGGUGGGGGCAUGGAGGCGGUUUUUGCCUAUGGAGGUCAGUUAGCUGACGUGGGGCAGGUUGAGACAGCCGAUGCUCUAGCUUCUUCCAGAAUGCCCUGAAGUGCCUGUCCAGCCUCUCCAGGAUGUCAAGUGCAGUGUCGGUGGGCUAUCCUCAAAGCACCUCCAAGGCGGGGCAGUGGCCAUCUCUACCGCCCCAUGUGCACUAGGCCUCGAUUUCACACUCGGUACCCGCCGGUUUACUUGGGUUGUAAAACUCUUUGCUGCUUGCCUUCAGUUGUGAGGAGUGAGUGGGCCCUUGAAAUUGUCGCUUUUCUUCCCAUAAGGCUUUGGUAGGCUUAUAUUAUCACGAUUGUGCGUGAGCUCAAGCAGAAUGCGACUCGCCGCCAUUAUGUUCAGGCCCUGCCCCCUGUACUUUCUGCAUUUUGUGUUCAGUCCAUUGUAAUUUUUGUAGUGUGUGUUGGGUUAGUUGUACUUCAUGUAUCAAGUGUUGGGUCAAUUAUACUUUCUAUAUUGUGUGAUGGGUUAGUUACACUUUCUAUAUUAAGUGUUGGCAUAGUUGCACUGUUUGUAGUGUGUGUUGGAUUAGUUGUAGUUUCUGUAUUGUGUGAUGUGCCAGUUGAACAUUCUGUAUUUUGUGUUAGGUUGCUUCUACAUUUCAUAUUGUGUGAUGAGUUAAUUGUACUUUCUAUAUUAAGUGUUCAGUUUGUUUCACUUUUUGUAGUGCGUGUUGGGUUUAGUUGUACUUUCUGUAUUGUGUGAUGGGUUCGUUUUACCUUCUCUUGUGUGUUGAGCAGAUUUUCCUUUCUGUACCUAGUUUUGGAAAACUUUCUGUAUUGUGUGUUGGGUUAGUUGUUGUACUUGCCACAUUGAGUGUUGGGUUAGUUAUACUUUCUGUAUUGUGUGAUGGAUUUUUGUACUUUUUGUGCUGUGUUGGCUUAGCUGUACUUUUAACCUUCUUAGCUCUUGAACUGCAUAGGCUUCAUUCCCAGGAAGGAGAUGGCCACAGUGUACAAAUUGGAUACAUCUAAUAUAGAGUAAACUGUGUUAUGAAUAUUUUAUGUAUUUUCAUUACAAACAAAAUGUUUAAAUGAUAGAUCGUAGUCGGUUGCCUCAAUAAAUAAAUGUUACGAGUGCGUAUUCUCUUAUCUGCACUAUUGAUUUAUUGGAUUUGUUUCGAGUCCUGUCCAACCAAUGCAGAAUAAGCUACAAAAAUAUAGUAAUUUGACAUAAGAAGAAUAUAAAUCCUAUAACCAGCCAGUCCAUUUCCUUCCUUACAUAUGAAUUUGUAAAACGUAGCCAAGCCAUGUCACGAAAAAAACUAUGUUGAUUUCUUUUUAAAGUUGAACUUUAUGUCCAAAGUUUGCAAUUCAGUUUUCAAUUCAUUAGAAUUCUGUGUUUAAUGAAUAAACCCUGUAUAAUAUAUAUUAAUGUAAUUUUACUUCUCCCAUCUUGUUUCUAUUUAAUUUUUACAUCUCUCUCUCUCUGUCUCUCUCUCUCUCUCUUACACAACCAUAAAAUAGAAUUAAAACGUAUAAACAUAAACGUAUAAACAUUUUCUGGUAUUCCUGAUUACAAGUUUAGGCUGUGUAUGUGUGAUUGCUCCUGACAUGUGUAACUUUGAUAUAUUUUCUGUUUCGUUCUUUUCUCCGCAGGUUGUGGCAUUGCCAUGCUCAUCAUCUCUGUGCUCAUCGCCAUUUAUUACAAUAUUAUCAUGUGUUACACAAUAUUUUACUUGUUUGCGUCUCUGGUUAGUGUCCUGCCCUGGGCAUCCUGUGAUAAUCCAUGGAACACACCUGAUUGUAAAGACAAAAACAGACUGAUGUUGGGUAAGUUGUCAUCUCAAAUUCCAUUUAUAGAAUUCGAACCUGAGAAAUCCCCCUAAAUGCACACAGGAAUUUUUUUUUUCUUUUUUUUUUACAUUUAUAAUAAAAUAUAAUUUUUUUAAACAAUUCUGGUCAUAGGUGCCCUGCUGACCUUAUCAGUGUACAACUAGACAUAGGAUAUAUAAAAUGUCCUGCCUGUGUGGCUUAAUCUAUGUCAGAAAGACUAUCAAUGUGCAUUGGGUUGGAUUUCUGGCCAUCUGUCUUUGAUUUCGCUUUACCUUUUAGGUUGGGAAGUCUGAUAAACCUGUGGCAAGCCUGUUUUUGGAGACUGGCCACAUGUUGGCUUCUUUGAGACUUAUACGCAAUGAACAUGUCAUAAAAUUAUUCUAGGAAGGUUGAAAGGGCCAAGAUGCUCCUUAAAAGAGAAUCAUUUUGGGUCCAUACCUGGGAUUCUAUAGCAUCAAGGUGUUUACAUGAAAAUAAUUCUGUGUCAUGUCAGUUAAUGUUUUCGUCAUAUGCAUUUUACACUUUGUUUAUUUUGCUGUUUAUUUAAUUUUUCUGAUGGGAAGAAAUCUUUCCUUUCAGGUUAUAGUAGAUCAAUGUGCCCAUUCACCGUGGUUCUGUAUGGCUAUGAAUAAGUUACUUUGAAUAUUAUAGGAUUUAAUUACAUGAUACUUUGUAUAAAAAGGUUAUUCUUGCAAGACAACGUGUUACAUUAGAAAACAGGUAAAGUACCAGCGCUGAUAUAUAGAUAAAAUAUAUUAUAGUAAUAUCAAAGAUUCCACUAAUUUUCUGCUGCUGUAACACCCCAAUCUUAUCUUUCAAGAAUACAGUGAAAACCGGUGUAUGGGUGAAGCGCUAUAUACAAAUGGAUAAUCAAAGUGGAGAAAUAAUGCCCCGUGAUGAACACCAAAAUAUUUAAGAGAUACCUUCUGUUUAUAUAAUUCACAAUAAUCCUUUAUAGGAAUUUCCUAAAAGCAUAAACAGAAAAAUACAAACAUAGUGCAAAUCUGUAAUAGUGAAAGGUGUGGUAGAAAUAUACAAUGGUCCCACUCACACUUUUAGGAGCUAAAAGGGUAUAGCUCAAUUGAAGCGCUUUCAGAGUCCGUAGAGGCGACUCUUAUCCCUUCUUUUAACUCUUCCUUUCUUGUAUUCUGGAAUGUAUAAAGGGAAAUACCUCUGGUGCAAUAACGUAGGCUGAAUGUGUGUAUAAUAGAAAGGGAAAUAGGGUACUUACAAACCCAGAGCCAUCCACAUCGGCUCUGAUCCAAUAGCUUAUGUGGAUUAAGGACCACACUCCUUCUUUGUGAAUAGCAGGAAAAUGCCAAUAGUGUAUCUCCAAAAUAUAAACUUUAUUGACUAUAUAUACAAUAAAAGUGCAAUUAAAUAUAAAAAAUUAUAUAUACAAAAAUCACUAUAAUGGCAUAAAAAAGUCCAGUAAAUCAAAAGUCUUAUAGCUCACAAAAUUCCCAGGACGCGUUUCGCCGUAAAGGCUUCCUCAGCUGGAUGUGAAAAAGUCUGUUACCUUCUUGUACUGGUUCCUGCUAUAUGUACCCCUCCUGGGGUGAAAAUGCUUACUUUUCGGCUUUGAUUUUCGCGGGCUAUCACCAUGAAGAUGGUGACGCCCAGCGUGUCAAGCCUCUUUCCUUUUCCAUUUCCGGGUUUCGCCGUCGGAACGUCACUUCCGGUUUUUUCAAUCGCAAGCCGUCGCGUCAUAUCCGUGCAUUCCAGCUUGCGUUCCAGCUGCGUUCCGGCUUGCGGUUCAGCUUUCCUGUGUUGUAUUACACCGGCCUCAUUGCAGGCAGACAGGGGGAGAACACAACAUUUGUACAUGUUCAUUAAAUUCUACAAUCUUCACCCAAAUUCUUUGUGUAUGAUUACAGUCCAGAAAUCCUAUGUGUACAUAUAUAUAUUUUUCAUAUGAUACAAAUAUAUAGCCAUCUUUGCUCUUUACUAUUUAGAUAAUUAAAAAAAUAGUGACUAUGUACAUAAUAUCAAAUAAUUUUAAAACCCCAAAACUAUAUAUAUUUCACCAGAAAUCCAUAAAAAUAUUUAAUAAAAAAAUAUUUUAUCCUUGUCACUUAUAAAAAAAGAAAACUAAAAACACUUAUGCGAGAAAUGACUUCUAAGAGUAAAUAAAACUUAACCAUAUACAGUAGGGAAUGUGUAUAUACACAAAAGAUGAAAAUCCACUAAAAGGAAAUAUAAAAAUUAACAAAAAAGAUUUAAAAUAGAACUGUAAAAGAGACUGCAGACUUAAAAUAACCUAUUUCAAAAAAUGACACAUUUCGAAAUCUGCAUUUAAUCCAUUAGGAAUCAAAGUGUCUAAUUUAAAAAUCCACUCCAUUUCACAUUUACUCAUUUUUACAUCAAAAUUACCUCCUCUCCAAUCUUUUCCCACUUUUUUUAUCCCUAAAAAGAUGGUAUCUUUAGUUUCACAAUUAUGAUAAUUUUUAUAAUGUAAAGAUACACUGUGUUUUUCAAAACCCUUUGUAAUAUUCCGUCCAUGCUCUUCUAUUCUCGUAUGUAGUUGUCUUGUGGUUUUCCCUAUAUACUUUAGGCCACAAGGGCAUAUAAUUAAAUAGAUAAGAUUCUUAGAGUAACACGUAAUAAAAUCUUUAAUUUGAUAUUCUAUUCCCUCUUUAUUUGUAUAUGUUGUUAUAUGUCUUUUCUUAUUCGUAGUUCUCCUACAUGCCAAACAUUGGCCACAGCCAUAAAAACCUUUCUCUGUAUUAAAUGGGUUAACAUUUUUCUUUUCUUUUAUGAAACUAGACGUCAGAGCAGUACGGAGGUUGCUGACCCCCCUAUGUACAAAGUUAGGUUUCUCUGGAAGGAAGGUUUUCACUACUGGAUCCUGAAGAAGAAUAGGCCAAAAUUUUGAGACUAUUUUCCUCACCUUGUGAUUUUCCGUACUAAAAUUACAGAUAAAAGGCUAUAUAUUUGUAUCAUAUGAAAAAUAUAUAUAUGUACACAUAGGAUUUCUGGACUGUAAUCAUACACAAAGAAUUUGGGUGAAGAUUGUAGAAUUUAAUGAACAUGUACAAAUGUUGUGUUCUCCCCCUGUCUGCCUGCAAUGAGGCCGGUGUAAUACAACACAGGAAAGCUGAACCGCAAGCCGGAAUGCAGCUGGAACGCAAGCUGGAACGCACGGAUAUGACGCGACGGCUUGCGAUUGAAAAAACCGGAAGUGACGUUCCGACGGCGAAACCCGGAAAUGGAAAAGGAAAGAGGCUUGACACGCUGGGCGUCACCAUCUUCAUGGUGAUAGCCCGCGAAAAUCAAAGCCGAAAAGUAAGCAUUUUCACCCCAGGAGGGGUACAUAUAGCAGGAACCAGUACAAGAAGGUAACAGACUUUUUCACAUCCAGCUGAGGAAGCCUUUACGGCGAAACGCGUCCUGGGAAUUUUGUGAGCUAUAAGACUUUUGAUUUACUGGACUUUUUUAUGCCAUUAUAGUGAUUUUUGUAUAUAUAAUUUUUUAUAUUUAAUUGCACUUUUAUUGUAUAUAUAGUCAAUAAAGUUUAUAUUUUGGAGAUACACUAUUGGCAUUUUCCUGCUAUUCACAAAGAAGGAGUGUGGUCCUUAAUCCACAUAAGCUAUUGGAUCAGAGCCGAUGUGGAUGGCUCUGGGUUUGUAAGUACCCUAUUUCCCUUUCUAUUAUACACACAUUCAGCCUACGUUAUUGCACCAGAGGUAUUUCCCUUUAUACAUUCCAGAAUACAAGAAAGGAAGAGUUAAAAGAAGGGAUAAGAGUCGCCUCUACGGACUCUGAAAGCGCUUCAAUUGAGCUAUACCCUUUUAGCUCCUAAAAGUGUGAGUGGGACCAUUGUAUAUUUCUACCACACCUUUCACUAUUACAGAUUUGCACUAUGUUUGUAUUUUUCUGUUUAUGCUUUUAGGAAAUUCCUAUAAAGGAUUAUUGUGAAUUAUAUAAACAGAAGGUAUCUCUUAAAUAUUUUGGUGUUCAUCACGGGGCAUUAUUUCUCCACUUUGAUUAUCCAUUUGUAUAUAGCGCUUCACCCAUACACCGGUUUUCAACGUGUUACAUUACUUUAGUAACCCUUCUGCUUGUGGUGGGAUUUUAUAUGGUUUCUUUAACUCUUGUGGGGUCACUUUUUGUGACAUUUGUACUAUUGUUAGUUUAUGCUUUGAUAUAAUAUUUGUUCAUUUUUAUUUUUCACAUUUUUUCUGAUGGUUUCAAUUCAUUUUCUUUUCUUUUUCAUUGUUCUUUAUAUUGAUUGUUUGAGUACACAGAUCUCGUAGGUACCUAUCUUGGCUGUGCUUUUCUUUCACUUUAUUAUACCCCCAUUUGUAAUACAAUUAUGGCGUAUGUUAACCCUCAUUUUCACCUGCUACUUAUCUAUAUAUUUGGUUUAUUCCAUUUGUAUAGUGUCUUGAUAAAAAGUCCUUGUGGUGGGAUUGAAAUGUUGACCCAUUUACCAUGUUUUCUUGCUUGGAAUAAAAAUGUGACAAUUAAUUUGAAAAAGACCCGUGAGCGCCCUCCUUUUGUACAUGUAUAUAUCUAGGUAUAUAUUACACAGAACUUCUGAAACACUUCUUAUUCAACCAAUCUACAACCACGCAAGUAGUUGCAAGCUGGUACAUGUUCAAAUUCAAUUUUCGAGAAAACAAAAAUAAAAUUAACUUUGAAAUCUAAAGGCAGUGUGUCUGUUCUCCUCACUUUGGCCAAUCACCCCUCCUUCCAGAGGAAUGACUUAAUAUAACUAGUCAUCAUAUGAAACACUAAAUUGUCCUGGAAGCUAGCAGGUUAAUGCCGUAUCUACUUUUACUUUGACUUGUAUAAUUAUCAUUUUGAGGCAGUAAUAUGUAGUUUUCAGUACUUUGAAAUCCACCCAAAACUCUUGUCUUCAUCUCCACAGAUUCCUGCUUUGUUGGGGAACAGCCAAAAAUGCAAAUAAAAAAUAGCAGUUUCUGCAUGGCGGCCUACCCCAACCUCACUAUGGUGAACCUAACAACUUCGGUCAACAAGACAUUUGUCAGUGGAAGUGAAGAAUAUUUCAAGUAAGUCUCCUGAAAAUACUAUACAUAAAACCAUCAUGUGAAGGUUUCUCCUCCAAAUCUCUGCUGCCCCCUUCUGGUCACUUAUGUUACUGAUAUUUUAUUUUCUAGGUACAAUAUGCUGAAGAUAUCUGCAGGUAUUGAGUUUCCGGGGCAAAUUCGCUGGCAGUUAGUUCUCUGUCUACUCCUGGCGUGGGCAAUUGUUUAUGCAUCUCUUGCUAAAGGAAUAAAAACCUCAGGAAAAGUAAGAUAAUCUUCUGAAAAUGACAGAGUGAUUCCCUUUGGGCUAUAAGAUUUAUAUUUAUUCAAAGUAACUAAAACUGUUGGUACUGAAAUCAGAUAGAAUAUUUUAGAUGUCUACGUAAGCACGAAAACAGGAAAUAUUUCUAUAAAAUGUAUACAGAACAUGCUCAGAUAUUGGGGAAUGUUUUAUUCCAGAGGAAAUGAAAUACAGGAGAGAUUUCAAACAGAAGGUUUUCAAAAAAAAAAAAAAAUUAUUGAACUUAAAGAAUCACAAAAUUUCAUUCAACUAAAAAAAGGGUCGAUGACGUAACGGAGAAUGAUCAUAUUCCCAGCAAAAGUGUGAUUAGUGUACAUAAUUUAUAUUCCCUCAAAAUAUUGCCAAUGCCAACUUUUAAAGAUACUCAUUCAAUGCAGUUUACACAACAUCUCCAGAGGAUCUACUAAUAACAAGUCAUUCAGGGCUGUUAACUAAAGUUAUAAUUCAAGGUGAGUUUCCAUUGAAGGUCGAAACUGCCAAACUUAAAAAAUCUCUUAGUCAACUACGCUUUCAGCUUGGCUAUUCUGGUCUUAAUUUUGAAAUUCACUUUAAAUUCUCAUUGUAGUGUAUUACACUGAUAUUUGUUAUUUGGUCAUUAAAAUCAUUGUCAGCUUAACGGGGAGGCUAUAGUAAAACCACCUCAGGGACAAACAGUGGGAAUGAAAACCGUCCCAGUAAUAGUGCAUUUUAUUCCAUGCAUGCAGAGAUACAAUAUGCCCAAAAUAUUCGUGAAAUUAUAGUCAAUUAGGCAUGCGUGGAGCUGCAAGGUUUGCUGGGAAGAAAACAGUUUCAUCUGGAAUGGAAUCUAUCCCAACCAAUGAAAUGAUAUAUAGAACUUGGCAGACCAGUUCAGGAACAUGUUUUACUUGUAACCUGGUUGAUGAUCCCAUUUUUUUCCCCACCCAUGUUUUUUUAUGUUGACUUUGCAGAGACCCCAGAAUAAAGCAAUAUGUUCUAUAACCCAUGCCAAAACUGAGAUCACUUCCAAUCUUUUACCUAUGCCUCUCCCCAACUUACAGCAGUUUAUUUUUCCCCUACUUCUGAAAAACGGCAACUUUCUACCGUGCAUUUAAAUUCCCCGUCAUUCUUAUAGAUUUUACAUUUUCCCCAUUUCUUUAUUUACCUAUAUUUAAUUGAGCCUUUCGCAAUCUCUUUCUUCAAUUCCAUUUCAUUCAGUCUUCGGACAUACUCUACUUUACUUCUAUUUCCCCAUUCCUUUAUCAAUAUUUUCCCAGCUUUUUCCAUCUUUUUCUUUACUUAAAUUUUCCCAUAUCUUUUUUAAUCAUUAUAUAACCUGUGUUUCAUAUCUAUUUCUUUACCUCAUUGUCCACAUAACCCUCACAAUCACUUUUUUGACCUCUACUACCCCAAUGUAUUCACCAGCUAUCAAGCAGUCAUUUCUCAAAACAUUCUCUCCCUUUAUUUAUCUCUGUUAUCUUGUCUCUGUUUCCCACUUUUCACACAUUUUUUACAUUUUAUUUUUAUCCUCCCCCCCCAGUUCACACUCAUAUACUGUUUUAACUCAACGCAGUCCUCUGUUUUAUUCCUUUUUUAACCCACUACCCAGCAUUCUUUUUUAACCUUAUCUCCCAGUUUCCUUUCAGUAUCUCCCAUCCUACUUACCAGUAUUUGUGGAAUUUAUCUCCUAGGAGUGUCACCCAAUAAGGGCCAGAUCUUGAUUCCAUGUAGGGCUGAAAGUGUCAGGGUGCUGGGAAAUUAAAUAAAAAACAAUGUGUCAGAGGAAAGAGUCAGAGUCUUAAUUUAAUCAAGGUAUUAAAUUAAAUACAAUCUUCUUUGACAAUGGGAGGUUAUUGUAUGAUGUGACAUUUUGGGACUCUAGACUUGGCACUGAACCACUAUUUGGUUCCAAGACAUUUUGACACUUUACUGGUUUAACUACUUAAGGGUCACAUUUAUAACCCAUUGAAGGUCACAGUCUAAUCCACAAUGACACCAUGCUUAUUUGGUGUUUACAGCUUUAUACAGCCCUGCAUUCGAUAGAUGAGUGAUAAAUUACACUUUGAAAGACUGGUUUGUUAUAAAGUAUAAUUACAUCAUUGGUUCUUAAGGGUUUAAUCAGUGAUGCUUAUAAAACAGAAUAAUAAUAGUAAAAAGAAUAAGUAAAUAUGUCUGAACAUAGUUAAGGGUGGUGGGUACAGAGGACAAGUAAUGGUGGAUGAAUAAUGGGAAAAUAAUGACCCCUGGAGACACAAUAUUAAACUGGUGUCUAAGGUGGAAGUUUUGAGAACGAAAAUGAAAUAUUCUGCCAUGGUGAACCCUUACAAACUGUAAUUUUAAUAGUUAUUAGCACUAACGGAGUGGUAUUUAUUAGGUGAAGGUAGAACUCUUAAACCUAACGGCAUUGAGCAUUAAGUCCCACUAUUACUAUAAUGUAUCAACCUACCCCGUUAGUCUGACUGGGCUUGCGUGCCGUUGUUCAAAUGAACCAUUUCAGUGCCACUCAGGAGAGUAGAGAUUAUAGGUAAAAUAAAUGUAUGGAGAUCUCAGGGAAGUGCUUACAAAACAAGGCACAAGGUCCCAUGGACUCCAGUAGAAACUAAGAGGGCUGUGAAGCCCCCACUUCUUUUUCCUACAGUCCUUUUGUUGGGGUUGUAAUAUUAAUCCAGGUACGGUCCUGGGGAGCUAUCCAUACUCCCUUCUUUAUUCCUUGCGUAUUGGGGUGCAGGGUAAUGAAUUUAAAUAAUAAUGCAGUAAUAGCAAGACCAGGGGUUGUUCACUUUCUGGGUACUAAUACCCAAGGGACAGAAAGUGCCCACUACCAAAUGCUAAAGGAAACCCCUAUCUCAUCUUUACACUAAAUAAGAGCACAGGAUGUACUAGUCCCAAAUAGUAUAAAACCAUAUUUCAAGCCCCAAGCUCAUUGCCCACUAGAGAUGUUGCGACAACAUGGAUGCUGUCCAGGAAGUAGGAGGGUCUGGGAGGGAGGGUCUGCUGGAGAUUGGCCGGGAUGUGACAGCUGACCGGAGUUCACCGCGAACAGCUCGUGGAGAACCGCGGCGAACCGUUCGCGAGAAGUUCGCGGACGGUUCGCGACAUCUCUAUUGCCCACCUUGGAACUAAAUAACCCUACCUAGCCUCCUCUAAGGAGUAUUAGAGAGAUUGGGUGAUAAAAUCCACUAACAUUAAAACCAGUGUAAAAAUGUCGUCCUUACCUGUCAAAGUCUUAUUUGAAGAACUUCCAUUUAAAUAAUCUAGAUACAGUAAAAAAAUACGAGUGUCUUGGUGGGCAGUGAAUCAAAGAGCUAAAAAUCUAGGGUCAUCCUUGGAGAGAUAAGAUCUUAGGAACUGAGACCAGGGCUGUCUUAACAGUAUUAUAGGCCCAUGGGAAAAGCAGUGCAUUGAGGCGCUGUCUACACAACCACUCACAGGAAUAAAAAUGUAAAUUAUCAAUAAAAUUAAGCUUAUAUUUUUGGUACCUCCAACAAAAUCAGAGUUUAAACAUUAAAAAACAGGAUGUAUAGCAGAGAUUAAUCCACACAAACAUUGGACCAUAUAACAUGAGCCUUGAUGUUAAAAAGACAAGACAUUUAAGAUAAAAAUGGUACUCAGUUGGUAAAUCAUACAGACAGAGGUGGCACAAUACAAACUUACUAUGAAACUUUUUAUGUACAGAUAAAAGCUUAUACGAGGUUAUUAGUCCACCUAAAUGUUUUAAUAAAGAGGGUUUGAAGGUUCUGAAUACAUCUCCUGAAAUAAUAUACUGAAAAGUUGGCAAGUAUAUGUGGCCCCAAUGCUCGUGGGGUCUCCAGAAAAGUGGGGCAGAGAGGUGGCAUCCAAAACCUUUGGAUAAGGUGGUAUAUUGAAUAAUAUAUUUUUAUAAGCAUCUCUGAUUAAAACCAAGAUGGGGUGACCCUAGUUAAAGCCAAAUUAAAAUCACUCACUGAAUUUAUGGUUGAAUGAAAAACGAAAACAUUAGCUACAAUCCAGAUUUGUCUGUUUACCUUGUAAAUGACCCUUUGGAACCUGGAGAAUUUGAAGAAAACGUGUGCUGCGUGUUUUAUGUUGAAGAGAUUUAACUUUCCACGUUUUUCAGGUCUCAGGGACUGUUGGAAUGAAGUCCAUGGUAGUAACAGGAAUCUUUACUACUGAGAAUGGUUAGUGUGAAGGAGGUGGUUAUUGUAUUUCCUAUUCUACAAAUCACUCACACGACACAGGUCAAGCUGCCUCCUCCAACCAAAAUGUCAGGACACAUACACCUAGUGCCCCAUGACCACACCAACAUAAACACACACUCAGCUCAUCAUAUCAGGGCUUAUUUGGAACUUCCGCAGACCACUCAAAUUUCUAUGGAUUCUAUGCAGAAGUCUAGUUUGUAGAACGGUAAAUUUUGCUCCCAAUUUACAAUCCAGGAAUAGGAGAUAUUCCCUUAACAAAUAUUUGGCUGGACUGUAAAUACUCUAUCGUUACAAUUAGCAAUUCUCUCCAACUUUAUGAACUUUCCUGUCCCACACACCCAAAAAGAAAAAAAAACCCACAUAAUAAACACCGUAUUUUAUUUUUCAAAUCCAGAGCUAGAAUUUUAUCCAGCUCAAAUUGCAUUUUUUUUUAAAGUAAUAUUGUUUUCCCUUUUAAAAUAUUAAAAAUAUUGUUACAGGUGACAGAUAAAAGAAUAUUUUUUCUAUAGAGGUAGGAAGUAAAGAUGUUUCAGCUAUUCAGACAAAAAAGAGGAUUUUAUUCACUAAUUCAGGAAUUGUUGAAAAAUAAGAGAAUUGCAUAUUUUAGGCCAACAUAAAUUGGAAAAACUCUAAAAUUCUUCUUUUAAUAUUUUACCUUACCAUUUUCAGUUCUUUUGUUCAUUCUUCAUAAUUCCCAGUUCAGUGAAUAAAUUCCAAUCUGUUUUUUGAUAAUUGCCAAAGCUGACGAGCUAUGAUACAUUGUGUUUAACUGAUAUAUUGUCAUAGCAACAUACUAAUUACUAAAUGAACACUGGGGGAGAUUUUACAAAGUGUGUUUUAUUUUUGCUCUCUAGUCUGUUGGUAUUUAUUAGUGUGAUCUAAAAAUAGUCUAAAAAGUGUCAGUUUUUCUCUGCCUAAAUUCUGCCAUUUUUGCGCCGAAUUAACCAUUUCACAAAAGGCCAACAAAUUUAGAGUGGCAGAAAAGAGUGAAGUGAAACACUUUUUUUGGCAAAAAAAGUGAUGGAAACAUUUAUAAAAUUCAUUGUGCUGUUGGUAAGACAGCAUAUAUUAAAUAUUUACCAUUACGGUACAAAUAAAUGAAAAAGAUUGAAAAAUCAGACACGGGCAAAAAAAAAAAAAAAAAUGCCCUCUCUCAAAAAAGUACAAAAUGUUUUGCAACACUUUGAUUGAUCUCCCCCAUUGUAUCACCUAAAAGUGCCCAAAUCAAUACUGGAAAUGAAAAAAAUGACAAAAUAAAUAACAUCAACUGAUAAUCAUCUCGUAAAUUAUAUUAGUAAAUACUUCCAAUGAGUAGCUCCUUUCCGAAGAGUCUGCCAACAACAGAAAUCCGGCAAUAAAAUAAUCUAUAAAGGUGUGAAUGAAAUGGAAACAGAAACAAAUAUACACAAUGCUAUAUCUUUCAGACACCAUUGGAAAUUCUUGACUUGUAAUAGAAAAAGAAUACCAGCAACAGAAUAAUUCUCAAAACUUUUUGGAAAAUCCCAAGUUGGCAUUAAGUGUUUAAGAUGAAAUCUCAUCUUAUCAUAGGUGUCACAGCGCCUGUGGGCCACACACCUUUCAGAGCACAAUAUUGGACCUGGCGCAUUCCCACAAGGUAGUGGAAACUCCGCCGUUAGCCCCUCUUACCUUAGCUGCAGCCAGGUCUAGAAGUAUUAGAGACACCGGAGGCUUUUUUCCCCAGAGCCUUUUAUGACUUCUGAGAUUCCCCAAGCUUCCGAUGUUCAUAAAUAUGCAUAUGUCAUCACAUUGAUGUAUGCACGCACGCAUGUUCUGAUGUAACAUGGCAUAUGUGGGUCAAUCAGAUCCCUCCUUGAGCUCUUUAAACCUGGAAUAGCCAGUUUCAGUGCCCUGCUGUGGUUUCCAGUUUGAUUAUCCAAGAGCACGUUAUUUUUAUUGAUUCUUUAGUAUUUUGCCGUUUUCUUGUUCUCUGACUAUUCUGACUUCUGUAUCCCUUGGGUUUUGGCUUAUCUGCUGUUUACAUACAUUCUAUUUCCCUAACCUUGGCCUGUCCCGUAGUUCUCUACAUUAAUGUUAAAUCUGCCCAUUCUGAGGUCAAGUAAUAUAUUUUAGUGUUUCUUUAUAUGUGUUACUUAAGUUCUGCGUGUUGGGUGUUCGAUUAUCCUGACAAUAGGGAAGAUGAGGAGCAGACACAAUAUAAAAAGUAUAUAUAGAAUUUAAUAUUAACAAAACACCAAGAAAAAAACUCACAUGGGAAGAACACUACAAACAACGAAAUAAAGGCAAAGAUGUUAAAAUUGCUAAAAUCAUCCAGACAAGCUCACCCUACGCGUUUUGUCCCUAUCCACACUUUGUCAGGGAUGUAGAAUUGGAAGUAAAUCUUACGAUCCUUUUAAGUAGUAUGCAAUUCAGGGACUUUGACUUAAGUCAGCUAACGAUAUGUGUGAUGUAGAAACAUUCCACCAAUCAGAAUGUCUCUUCAGUUGAAGACUCUUUCAAACAACCAAUCCAAAAUGGUCAUCCAUUGCAAGCCUUGUUUCCAUCCUCCUGAUAAACACACCCAUGGUGAGUGUGUGGAGAUACAUUUCAACUGUCCCAAAUGAAAAAAGCAUACCACCUACAGCAAAAAUAUGAAUACAAAAUGUACCAAUAGGAAUCCAGCCUUCACGUUCUACUAUGGAACAAACCGACAUAUAAAGGUAUAAACAGAGUUAUGGACCUAGACCACUGGAACCCAGUGACAGUAACCAUAUUUGCAAAAUACAAAAGAAUAUAACCUUAUGUGUAUUUUUUCUGUUUCCAUAUCACAUGCUCUUUAGGCAUUGUUUUUUUAACUACUGGAAUUAGUGCUUGCGCCAUUGAAAGCAUGAAACAACUUUACUUUCUUUACUCUCCAAAACAAUAAUGUCUGUACUAGUGAUGUCCCGAACUGUUCGCCGAACGGUUCGCGAACGGUUCGCCAAGAACGGUUCGCCACGAACGGUUCGCCACGAACGGUUCGCCACGGACUCAUCAUUGAGUAAACUUUGACCCUGUACCUCACAGUCAGCAGACACAUUCCAGCCAAUCAGCAGCAGACCCUCCCGACCCUCCCUCCUCCUGGACAGCAUCCAUUGUGAAGCUGCAUUCUUAGUGAGCUGACCAGGAGGUGGGAGGGUCUGGGAGGGUCUGCUGCUGAUUGGCUGGAAUGUGUCUGCUGACUGUGAGGUACAGGGUCAAAGUUUACUCAAUGAUGAGUCCGUGGCGAACCGUUCGUGGCGAACCGUUCGCGAACCGUUCGGCAAACAGUUCGGGACAUCACUAGUCUGCACCUAUGAAAUUUUGUUGCAAAAAUGCCCAUGCGAGUAUACCUAUCUGAUCAACAAAAUAUAGGACUUUUGAUAUGACCAUUAGAAAGUAUUAUUUAAAUUACUAGCCCACUAAGUAAAACACUUUUGACUGAAUCGAGCUGAAUGCAUCCACUAUUUCACUAAUUUUCUACGACAAGGAAUUGUCACUUCCAGCCUUAGAUAAUACUUCAAUUCAAUUAAACACAGCACUUACGGUCACCCACCUGAUAUCACACAUUCAGAUUAGUAAAUGGCACAGAUACUUACCUGCACAAUAACCAGAGGUAUUUCAGUGUCGUGUUCCCUGUGUGGGAUAUUCAGGAAUGUUCUGUUUCUGUUCUUAUCCAUGUUGCGGUUUGUCCUGUACAGCUGUGCAUUGUGCAGUUAGUGGCUGUGAGUCGCUGUGGUUGUGUAAUGUCUGUUUUAUUGCAGGUAUCAGUGGGGUGACAAUGUACUCAGAACCUCCUAUUGUAUUCAGGGCUCCAUGAAUUACUUUCAACAAACAGCACUGAAACAGUUUAGAUUCCUGCAAAAAAAAAAAAAAAAAGAAAAAAGAAAAAUAUAUAUUUUCAAAUAUUUGCAACUAAUCUACAAAACAAAACAAAAAAAACCCCCAUAAAAAUAAAAAGGAAGUCAAUCAGGAAUGAUAUGUUUUCACACAGCAAUGCACCUCUGAAGCUUUCUAAGAGUUAAAAAAAAACACCCCAUAGGUAUUAGUUUUGGCAUAUACUGCAUGAGGGAUAUCUGAAACAAGUCAACGGCCUGUGUUCCUAACAUGCCAGUAAUGGCUUUACACACAGCUUAGGAAUGGAGUAGACUUGUCAAGCAAAACACUUCAAAAUUAAUUAAUUCUUCCAUAUCUAUUAGACAAUCACCAGUAGUCUAAGCCAGAAGUAGUGUCUAAGAUCACAGAGUGUGAUGCUUAUAAUUGUUACACAAUGGGGGAAAGGAACACACAGCACAUGUGUUUCACAAAAUUAGUAUACUGGUACCACAUUCCCUAAAUGGUAUAAAAGUGAGUGUAUAAAUAUAAUAAAUAAAAUCAACUCAACUCGUCAAUUGGUUAAGAGUCAACGAGCCAUCAAAUAUAAUAAUUUCAAGGGACUCUUACUUGAAUAUAGGAUCCAUUAGAGAUCGACACACUAGUGGAUUAUUUAAUGGAAGUUGUAGGGUAUGGAGCCAUGCAUAUGAUACUACUGUCUGACCUCCUGAGAACCCAUCUAAAGCUAUAAGGACGAGUCUCAUUUCACUAACCUAUCUGUUGUCUGAGGGAAACAGGAAAGAUUUGCUUAUUCCUCCAGAACACAUAUAUUCAUUGAAAUCUCAGUUUAAAGGGACACUCCACACACUUAAAGCACGUUAGCUUGCUGAAGUGUUUUAUGUGUGAUGAGUGUUUCCUAUUUUUUUUAAAUUUUACACAAUGUGCGGAUUUUAAUAGAAAAUGACACCAUUAUAAAUUAAGCUUGUUACACCCAGUGAGACAACAGGUCCUGUUACUUCCUGGUUUGUUUAGCUCAGUGGAGCUAAACUCAAGAGGUAGGAAUUGCCCAGAGCAAAAGACUUCUCAAUGAGCUGAAUUGGGAACUCUGUGAUUGGACAGCCACAGAAACUCUGGGCGUGGUUAGAAGGGGAGGGAUUACAAAGGCUGCAAACAAGAAAUAUGCAGCUUUUUUUUUUAGACAUAUACCCAAUGAAAAUAAAGCAUAACUUAAUGCAUUUAUUUUCAUUUGAGGUAUAUCUUCUAAAUAGUGAUUUGUAUUUAAUAUUUGGGCAGUAGAGUGUCCCUUUAACUCCUCCUGGACCCGUGUUUUCCUUAAGGGAACAGUCUGAACUCUGAAGAGCCCAUCUAUUUUGUGGGGUAGCAGUUCAACCUCUGUAUUUCUAUAUCAUUGUAAACUAUAAGGGAUCUAUAUAAUCCAAGAGAUGAAUUUAAUCUUGUAGGGAUCAUUACAGUAGGGUCUAGCUAAUUUCCUGGGUUACCUGGGUAAUCUAUGUUUUUUAGUUUUUGUAUUGUGAUGUUGAUGCUGUGCUGUUUUCCUCCUCUCAUCUCCUCGGUUACUUGGUGUGAAUUGACCCCAUUUUGCUUUAUUAUACAGGUUGUGUAUUUUACGGCAACCUUCCCAUAUGUAGUCCUUGUCAUUCUUCUCAUCCGAGGAGUUACCCUGCCAGGGGCUGGAGCUGGGAUGUGGUACUUUAUUACCCCUAACUGGGAGAAGUUAACAGAUGCCAUGGUGAGUCCAAAAUGUCCAUCCAUUAUUGUAACCAAAUAAUAACAAAACUAACUAUUGAAAGAACGUGUUCUAAAAAUUGUACAUUUGUGGGCAUUAUUUAAAAAGUAAAACAGUAAAUAUAAGCGGUUAUUUGCACCAGUAGAGUUCUAUCCAAUCAUGACUAUGUGCAGUGGUCAGGGCGAUCUGCAUAAGUGUAUUUUUUCGAUCUGAGACUAAUUUUGUCCAAUGAAAGAUUUUUUUUGCAUUAUUUUGGAGGCUGAAGCUCCAUAUGUUCUAAGUAGAAUUUUAUCUAAGUUUAGCACUUCAAUGCUUGUACGCUGCUUACAACCAUCCCCUUACACUCUAAACAAGCUGCAAAUACAGAGGCACCAUGACAACUUCAAAUUACUGAGGUGAUCUUGGCGCUUCGAGUAACCCUUCAACCUCUUAUCCAUAUAGCUCAGUGACCAAAGGGCUUCAAAUAUUGCUCUUGCUCAAAGAAUGAAUUGUGGUAACCCGUUCCCUUUAAAACGAAAAAUAAAAGCUUGUUCUUCACCACUGUAUCACAAAAUGUCGAAUGAGUCCAAAGUAUGUAUUUUUCUCACAGCGAUCAGGAGUAAUAGAGACGAUUGGGGCAAGUUCUGUACUUUGGGAAUCUGGUGGAACACAAUAAUGGGGAUAUUACUGCAGUAGCAUAAAGUAGGUUUAUGAAAUUCACAACAAAUACAAUGCUGUGUCUGAAUAUGUUAUAGAUAUUACUUGAAAUUUAAGUAGGCACUGGUAAUAAAAUGGCUGCAUUAAUGUCGCCAUCAAAUGCCCCAGGAGUCUAUUUUUAAAAAAAUGUGUGCAUUUGUUUUGAAAUGUUGGAUUCGAUAAUCGAACAUACCGGUAGAUCAAAAUUUGAAAAACUUUAGCUUUAAUACAGGAAUUGACACAUGAUUUUUGUAUGAGACUUUUUUACUCCCCAAAAAUUUGGACAAAUCUUAGACAUAGGAGGUAUUUUCAAAACCAGGACAAAUGGAUGAAUCUUUAAUCUUCCUUAUACAUAUUUUUCUUCAGUAAAACACUGUAACUUUUUUAAUAUGUUCUAAUUUUAUACAGUUAAAUGAGAAGUUAUCUAUGUAUGUAAUGUAUAUUAAAAAAACUCUAAACAUCCUUUAAAAAUAGCACAUCAUAAGUGUGUGCGCUAAAUAUUUAACAGCUAAUUUGCCAUUAAAAAAAUAUCCUAUGACCUUAUCCUCGAGACACAUAGAAUUCUUGCCAUGAAGUAGUUAAUAAUGUUAACAAGACAAUUGAACAUUUUUUGUUGACACUCCAAUGAGUACCUAUAUAUAUCUUGAGAUAGUUUGUUAUCAAAACCUUGACUAGUCUCUAGGAUGCUCUCAAUGACAAGCCUUUCUUCCCGUGGCUCUGAAAUAGUUAAAUAAAAAUUUUUCAAGUGUUUACUCAUUAUAUCCUGAAUGUUCAUGUCUUCAUUAGCCUGUAUAUUAUAUCGGCCAAUUAAUCUGACUAUUUAUAUCUGAUUGCUCAAAGCGACAAACAUUAAAUGUUAUAUAUUGAUAUAUAUUAAAGUCGGGGGGGGGGGGGAUUUCAGAAACAUAUAUGACUUUGAAAUACAAUAAUUGCUAACUGUUCAUUGAUUGUACAUACAUUGCAUUUAAAAACACAAUAUUUAUUUACAUAUUCAUCCAUAUUUUUCUCAAUAAUAUUUCAUAUUUCUUAUCUUGAAAAUCAUGCUACCUUUAUAAGUUCAACAUUUGUAUUUUAAAAACCUAAUUUCUUAGAAUUUUAAAAGGGUUAAUUGAUUCCAUUGUUAACGGUUAAAAUGUUUCAGUAGUCUCUUGUUUACAAUUAUGUUCUUCCUCAUGAUUUUGGUUAGUUAAAAAAUAAAAUCCAAAUUUCACGUAGAAUUGUUGAAAUUCCAAUGUUCAUCAACAUCUUCCUGAUUGUAACCAAACUACCCCUUAAUCUGUACAAGGAGGGUAGAGACAGGCUCCUCUCACUGCAAGAAUUGGCUUCCUUCUGUUCCCUCUAACCAUGGGUGGUGGCUGAGUGACUAAUCAUUAAGGGUUUACUAGGAUCCCUAUUCUUACCAGGUGAUAACAGAAAUUGUUUUCCCACAAAUCCCCCAAAAAACCCAAACUCUGCCCAUUCCUAUUAAGAGAUGUAGGUAUUUUCUACCUCUUCUCGUCCCAUGUGCAAAGAGGGAGGAAUUAAACAUAAAACAAGACAAAAAUAAAAGUUAAAACACAGGUCGGUUUUUUAAAUCCUAGUAAUGAGAAGACGGAGGAUGUAUGCUAACCCCUCAAUGCAUUCAUAAAACAUGAUGUUAUACUCGCAUUAGGAUAUCUUUUAAAUUCCUUUGGGAUGUCUGUUUAUAUAGGCAGACAAUAAGGAUGUGUGGGCAUUGUAUAGCAUUGUAUAGACUGCUCAUAUGAUAAUGUCUGAGAUCUUGUGUUUUAAAAUGACCAAUUUGGCAAUGAUGGGGAUUCUGAAUUUGGAAACUAAGGGUGAUUUAUUGAAUUCCAAAUUGAAUUCUGAAUCUCUCUGUUUCAGGUUUGGAAAGAUGCAGCAACACAGAUUUUCUUCUCUCUUUCGGCGGCCUGGGGAGGGCUCAUUACAUUAUCAUCUUAUAACAAGUUUCACAACAAUCUGUACAGGUGAGAACAGUGAUCAGGUGGAUUUAUACUGACUGUGAUGGGAGCAUUGUAAAAAGUGUGUGAGAUGUAGGAUAUACAUCAAGAAUAGCGAAAGCUAGGGAAGUUAUUGACAUGUCUGGUCUGUGGGGUUUUAACAUCCCUCGGGGUCCUGGGCAUGCCAUUAUCUGGUGUGGUUGGAAUAUUAAGCUCCUGUGGUUUAAAUAAAACUAUGUUCAAAACCCAGAUUAUCGUUGUUUGUGCGGCAGUUUGAGUCGGGUAAUCAACAUGUUCAAUUAUAGAACAAGGCAUAUACAAGUUAAUUAGCACUAACCCAGAGCCCUUUCAUUCUAUAACAAAAAAUAUCAAAGGUUAGUGAAGAUGACUGGAAAAGACUCGAAACAACAGCUCCUCCUAGAGGUUCCUCAACAAACUACAUCGUGAAAGGAGGCAAUAUAUAAAGGCAUGAAUAGAAAAUGUGAUAAAAGUUUGCUCCUGCCUGUUUGCACACAUACAAAGCUCCCAAGUCACAAUAUGACCAAAACAUAGGCAGUUAUGCAUUCCUAUAGUCGUGAGAAUAUUCUUCAAAGCCAGGAUUGACAUGUACACCAGAGCGCAGCCAAUGCAACAUGCUUAGGGUAACAGAUGUAUGAAGAGCGAAACUAGGUUCUUAUUCUCGGAUCUCUAGAUAGUUUUGUAUUUAUCAACUACUGGAAGAAGCGGAGUUCCAAAUAAUAAAUCUGUGCUUUGUUCUGGCAGGGAUACACUGAUUGUCACAUGUACUAACAGUGCCACAAGCAUUUUUGCAGGAUUCGUUAUCUUCUCAGUGAUUGGAUUCAUGGCCCACGAACUAAAGGUUGACAUUGAUAAAGUGGCCGAUCAAGGUAAGAGUUUGAAUUUUACUGUCCCACAGAAUUAUAGAAAAAAAACCCCCCAAGUUUGAAUAUCGAGCUGUUUAACCCUUUGUAGGCCUUUGGAAAGGUUAUCAUUACCCUCUUUACCUCAAUGGGUGAAAAGUCAAUGUUGGGGUUAUUUUGAGGGUUUUAUAGGUGACUGAAAGCUGGUCAUAAGGGUGUUGAAUUUCAGCUCCUGCCAGAUCCAUGUGUAGCUUAUUAAAUUGGGAUUAUUCCAAGAUUACUGCACCUAGAUGUGCACACAAAUUUUAUUUAGGGUCUGCGUGGCUUUGUACAUGUGCGUAGUGAAGUGCUGAUGAUCAUACAUACAUACAUUUUAUUUCUUACAUCUCCAUAUAUGGUCGGUGUGCAAUGUCUUGUUUUCUCUCCUCUGUUUCUGUCUGUAUCUUUUCAAAUAUUCCACGUUCACUCUCUUUGGAAGAAUCUAUUAAGUUAAAAUCUUGUUCGUAACGUUUAAGUACAUUAAACAGUGUUUGGUUGGUUAGAAAUUAAAAUGACAAAUGGGGCAUUUAUUGGACACAUUUUGUAAUUGUGAAUGAGCCUAUAUAGUCGAAAUAAUAUGUCAUGUUUUUGUUGCAGGUCCCGGAAUUGCGUUUGUUGUUUACCCAGAGGCCCUGACACGGCUCCCUCUUUCACCAUUUUGGGCCAUUAUAUUUUUCUUGAUGCUGCUAACCCUUGGAUUGGACACAAUGGUAACGUCACGUGACUUUCAUUCUGCACUGUUAUUUUUGUCUGCUAGUAUUUUAUUACAGACAGAACACGAUUAUCCUACCUACAUAAUUCCAGAAAUGAUUCACAGGACGGCUGACACCAGACACAUAUCAUGCUUUAGAAGCCUCGAAGUCAUAUGCAUUUAUUAGUAUUACUGGCGUUUAUAUAGUGCCAACGCAUUCCUCAGCACUUUACAAUAUUAUUAAUUGGACUUUAGCAGCAUACUAUUACACAUUGUGACAGUAAUAGGCUGAUCAGAACCCUUCUUCAAAGAGUUUACAAUCUUACUCAAUAAACUUCAUUGUAGUGAAUUAAAAUCUAAAUGGCAACAUUUAAGGUUAAAUUGUUGAUGAUUCCAGCCAUCAUAGUCUAGAUCAGAGGAAGGCAACCUUCAGCAAUCCAGAUGUUGUCUGCUACAUCUCCCAUGAUGCUUUGCCACCAUCAUGGCUGUAAUAGCGUUAUGGGAUAUGUGUUCCACAAUAUCUGGAGAUCCAAAGGUGCUUCCUGGUCUAGGCUUUUAUAGCUUUAUUGCCAUUUGUGUCACUUUAAUUCAGAAUUUAAGGACGUCAGGAGACAAGUUUAAAAAGGGUGAGGUAGGAUGUGUUCUGGGAUUUAUUAAAUAAUUAAAAAUUUUUUAUAUAUUUUCACUGGAAGCAACAAUCUCCAAAGCAGUCGAGAGCAGUAUCUGUGUCAGACGACAGAGAGAUAACAUCAGAACAGGAAAAGGGGACAAAUAACCUCUCAUGUCAUAUUGAAAGAAAUUACACUGACAUUAAUAGUUAUUUCACAGUGGCAAAUAGAUAAAAAAUAAUAAAAACACACAAUAUUAAAAGUGACAUUUGCAUCACAUCAUAAGCAAAACUGUAAUUGGGCACCACCACUCUAUGGAAAUAUAAAGCUGGUAUGAUAAAAUAACAUUAUAAGAUAGUAUAGGAUGGUUUAACCGCCUAUUGAGCAGCUGUAAUAAUCAACUAUUAUAACGCAUCCCUAUAUUAAAAAGUCAACUUUCCUUUUUAACUGUUAAUGUUGCUGCAGUUAUGCCUGAUUUUUACAUCACUAAAUUGUAUUAAUGUAAUCAUGUCACUUCCCCAACUUCAUUGCAGACCAUCAUCCCCCAUGCACCCUAUCUUACAAUAUGUAACCCAUCAUACCCCAUGUACCCCGUUUUACAAUAUGUAAACCUUCAUCUCCCAAUGCACCCCAUUUUACAAUGUGUAAACCAUCUUUACUCAGGACCUCAUCUUCCACAAUCCACCAUGUCUCUCCAAUUUACCAGUGUUAUCACCACCAUACAGAUUAAUAUUAAAUUACACAUUUUCCCCUUUCUAUAUAUUGGCCACUUCAUCUGUAUUACCCAAACCGUAUUCACUAUUUGAUUAAUAGCCUUUUGUUUCUGUCAUUCCAAAGAUAGAAACAGCAGCAGAAUAGUCUACAGUAAAAAUAGUAAUAUAAUAAUAACAACAAUAAUAAAAAUAAUAAUGUAAUAAUAAUAACAAUAAUAAUAAUAAUAAUAAUGAAAAAAUAAUAAUAUAAUAAUAAUACUAUAAUAAUAAUAAUAACAAAAAUAAUUAUAAUACUAUAAUAAUAAUAAUAACAACAAUAAUAAUAUUAUAAUGAGUUUCUUUAGAGGCAAAGAUAAAAAGAAAGGCAAGGUCGGACACAGAACAGGCAAAACAAGGAUUUUAAAACAAAUUGCUAAAAAAAAAUCUGUAACUUUCAAAUAUUUGAAAUUGACUUUUUUUAUGUAUCACCAAUAUAGUCAAGGAUAAGGUGGAAGGGAAUAAUUAAAGAAAUAAAAAUCCCUUUUAUUUUGAUAUAGCUCUAUUAGAAGAUUUUUAAGGAGCUAAUUAUUGUGUACAUUGAUAGCCAGAUACUCUCCUCCAUCCACAGUGUGAUAGCACAACUUACAGCAAGUGAUGGCAGCAAGUCAAGACGUGGCAGAUACUAUGGAGACAUGUUAUGGUAUAAAUAUCACAAAGCGAGGCUAAUAAUUUAACAUUUUCUUAGAGCAGCUCCAUGACAGACUGGGAAUCGAUUCAUUUUUGCAACUAUGACAUAACACAGUUACCUAUUAACGCUGCCAAUAAUUCAGAAUAUAUUGAGCCUUGUUCUAGGAUCCUACACAAAUAGGUUGGAAGAGCUAUAUAGCACCACAGUGUAAAACUCUUCAAUGCUGCACAAGUCUACAUAAGCCAAUGGGAACAGCUCCGCAGCACUAAAUAGUGGACAAAGAGUGUAGUGUUCCGUAUUACAUGACACUAUGCAGGGAUAUAAGAGCCCUGCAAUGCCACCUAGUGGUCACAUUGAGCAAUACAGUUCUUGAAUAUUAAAUUGUGCAAUUCUUUUAUUGUGUAUUAACUAUGAGGUUACCAGCAUAUUCUGCAGCACAGCCUGAUUGCAGAAUUAGGUUGAAUUAUUAAGGAUUGUGAAAGUUUUAACUUUGAUGACUCAUAGAAUAUAUUCGGGGCCAAUACAAAAACUAUUGUCUAGAAAUCUAUUCAUAAACAGGACUAUACAUAGGACACAAGAUCACAUAUUUAGACUGGAAGAAAUGAGAUUUAGUCCAAGGCAAAGGGAAGGUUUUUUUACAGUAAGAACAAUAAGGACGUGGAGUUCUCUGCCUGAAGAGGUGGAUUUAUCUGAAUAUGUACAGAUGUUUAAACAGCAACUGGAUGCAUGCUUGCAAAAACAUACAGGGAUAUAAUUUUUAAUUUGUAGGGUGAUAGUUUUGUGAUCCCAGGAGAGAUUGGACAGCCAAUCUUGGGUCAAGAAGGAAUUUUUCCUACUUUGUGCAAAAUUGGAAGUGCUUCAAAGAUUUUGCCUUCUUUUGGAUCAACAGCAAAAACAAAUGUGAGAAAGAUUAAGCUUGAUGGAUGCAUGUCCCUUUUCAGCGUAUGUAACAAUGUAAUACUAUGUAAUAUAGAAACAUUGCUUUUCAGAGCACAUAGAAGCCCAUGUCUGUUACUUUGCUCAUGUUAUUUAACACGUCUAUCCAGAACUCAAUACAAGAUUGCAGUUAAUGACUGAAGUUUUUAUAGACAGAGAGAUCUAUUACUAUAAACACUUUUACAAACAGAAUGUUAAUUUAAUAUUUUUAUGAGUUUUAUACAAAGUCCUAUUCAAGGCGGUCAUAAACUUACCAUCUAAACAGAUAAUGCGCUUUAAGAUUAUAGAUAAAAGAGAAGACAAUGUAGCUGAUGGCUAAGUAUAUGACGGCAUCCUAGAAGAAGCUAUGUCAGGUUGGAGUCAUUGUGUUGCAGGUAAUAAUUAGUGAUUAGCUCAUAGAGGUUGAGUGAGAAGCAUAGACUAUAAAGUAAAGUCAGAGCAAAAUAAAUGCAAAAAAAAAAUACUUUUGGAUUUAUUCUCUAAACCUUAAAUUGUAGAUUCCAAAAAAUGACAGAUGUACUGUGCUAGGACACAGUUGGCUUAUCCCCUUCUCAAUGAACUGUAUUAAUAAUAAGUGUUUAACCAGGAAAGGUACAUCCAAGUAUGUCCUGGGGAUAUCAUGUUUUUGCCCAACAUUCAGGGAAUGUUACUAUUGUCCAAUUUAAUGGUACUCAUUUUACCUACCCUGCCGGGAUUUGAACCUGCGAACCACAAUGGUAGACCAGAUUCAACUGAUCUCACCGACCUGUUUAAAGUCUGUUGAGAAGCAUUGGAAAUCAUGUGUAUGUGUGGGUCUGUGGCUCCAACACAGAUGCUUCUCAGUAAAAAUCCUCUGAAUGGGUGUAUUCCCCAGCACAAACAUUCACUCUGAAUACUCAAAUCGGAGGCUUCUCAUGAGGAGGGUUUGCAAAGGCUGCAGACAAGAGAUCUGCUGCUUUUGCAAGCUACUUUUAGAUAUAACGCAAAUGAAAAAAUGCCUUCUUAAACACGUGUAUGUUCUUAUGUUUUUUUUUUGUUUCUUUACUAAACAAUAAAGUAAAAAAAAAGGCAGUGGAGUAUUCCUUUAAAAUAAUGAGUGACAUAAUAUAAACUUGGUAACAUGAAUAGAUUUCGGACAAUUGUUUUUUAAAUGGAGCCUCAAUUGAUUUUUUCAAAUAGUAUGUUUAUGAUGUGUAUUUACACAGCGUAAAUUUGUCGUUUUACUCCUAUUUUUGUGUGAAAAACAUUUUCAACUUUGAUUGAGAGAAAUGUAAUUGGGGGUGCAUACUUACCAAUAUUGUAAAUAUACUAAAAGGCACACUUUAAUUUUAGGUGUUAUUGUUUGAGGUGUUACCAGGCAAUUCUAGGACAUUUUAGGUGACUUCAUACCGAACUGAUUUAUAUAACUGAAAAUGUCAUUAGGAAUGUACAAAAGAGGAUAAAAGGAUUUUGGCCAAAUAUAGGGACUCGCUCUGUUAAAUUGUGACAUUUGGAGAGUAUUGAAAUAUCAUUGGAACUGGACAAGCAUACUGUUGUAUUGACAGAGCAGUAGAUUAGCCAUUUAGCAGAGCUGCUAUCUCGUGUUGUACUUAAUGGAAUAUGAUCUGUUAGAAAUUGAACUCUGACUGUUUCUUUCUAUCGUCCACAGUUUGCUACCAUUGAAACAAUUGUGACAUCUGUAUCGGAUGAGUUUCCGAAAUACCUGCGAACUCACAAGCCCCUCUUCACGCUUGUGUGCUGCAUCUCAUUCUUCAUUAUGGGAUUCCCGAUGAUCACACAGGUUACUAUGAGACUGGGCUACUAACCCUGCUACAACAGAAUUGUUUAAGCUGAUCUUUCACAGGACUGUUCACUAAAGUUUGAAUUUUAGAAAAUGAAAUCCAAAUUGCACAACUGAGGCUGAAAAAGCUGAUUUGGAAAACAAAUUGUAGCCACUGUUUGGCUAUUUAAGACUCACAUUUGUAAUGUGAAUGCAAUUAUCUAAAAUUCAGAGUAUAACAAAGAACUCCGUAAGUUUGAAAAGUUGCAUAAGUUACGCAAAGUUGAAGCCACGUGUAUUAUCAAAUAUAGCACGCCAGCUUACUUUUUUCAAGAUCCCAUAGGCAGGACUAGUAUGGGCAAAUAUUAUUAUGGUAAAUGGCACAGGAUAUAUUUACUAAACCGAGAUUUUAAACCAAGUUGCAAAUAGCUGAGAAUGUACCAUUCAACAUUUAAAUUAGACAAAGACGGAAUAUUUUAAUUUUAGGGGUGUGAGUGGGGUGUGUGGCCAGGGGUGGGGCAGUUCCAAGAAAUUGUAGGUGAUUACUAAUAAUUUAUGGAACUAAAAUAUUCUAGCUAAAGAACAAUGUAUUUUAUUUACACAGGCUGAUUUCUAAACACAUUUAUUGUAGUUUAAAGACACAUUACUGGGAGUAUUAUUGCUGUGGAGCUCUGUUAUACAGUCAGACACACCAACAAUACAGAAAUGAGGGACAUUAGGAGAGAAAAGAGGGACAGAAGGAUUUGGGCUUAAAAUAGUGACUGCCCCUCCUAAACAAGAACACUUGGGACUUGUGUGAGAUAAAGACAUUUUCUGAUGCUGUUAUUUGUGGCUUAAAUUCUGCAAGACACGUCUUGUUGCCCCUCGUCAUCGAAAAAAAUGCCUAUUUAGGAGGCUGGCUGCAGUGUUUUAUAGGGACUCUGUUUCAGGCCCUGUUGUAAAAACUUUAUUUUUUAGUUGAAAGUAAAAUAUAAAUUAAAAUAUAAAAUACAAUAAAAAAUUUUUCCCCAAAAAUAAUUUGAUAAAUGGGGGAAUUUUCUGCUGAUUUCUGUCUUUCUCCAUCAGGGUGGACUCUAUAUGUUGCAGCUUGUCGACACAUAUGCUGCCUCGUACUCCCUGGUCAUCAUCGCAAUAUUUGAACUGGUUGGAAUUUCAUACGUAUACGGUAAACAAGAUACAUACACACACCCACACACACAGACACACACAGUAAGGAGAAAUGUAGUUCGGGGCUGCUGUUCCAGGCAUCUAGCGGAGGAGCAGAAGAUGUCCUAUAUGCCGGAAUGCCGAGCUAGAACAUAAAAAUCCACAGAUGUAGUGCUCGCUGUGAAUUCGUUACAGGCUACCCCAGGCAGGAAUAAGCUUUUCUGCCGCAUACACACAUCUGGAAAGCCUCUUAAAUGAGGCAAACAACAAUUUGCAUCUUAAAUAGCUGAUAUUUUAGUUUUAUGAGCUGCACUUGUGUUAAAGACAGUUAUCAUUUCCUGUUUACUGCUCCCAAAAGGAGGAUUAAACUCAUCAUAAGAUUCACACAAACAGCAGAACAAAGGAUCCAAACGCCGCUAGCAAGAAAUAGAAGCAGAGUAUACUACAGGAUGACUACGGCCAUCAGACUGCAUUAUCUAGCGAGGACGAGUAUAACUAGCCCAACCGCAAACCCUGAUUUACGUGUUUAGGGAUUUAUUUAUUGACCUACUUUUAAAAUGUCUAGUUUAUAUAACGCUCACUGGAUAAUCCACGUUAAGAAGUAUCAAAUCAACAGACAAACAAAGUGUUAUUUAUUCAAGUGGGAAAUACUGAAAAAAGCUAAUUAAACUGAAAAGGAAAUUGGGAUUGGAAUUUUUUUGAGUCGCAAUUUUAAAAAUUCUCCAAGUCAGACAAUGUUUCCAGUUUGUUUUUAUCACCAAAAGUUUGACAUUCACUUUGAAUUCCCUCCAAAUCCCAGUUUAGUAAGCAACCCUGACAUUUAUAGUGAGAUUAUUUCUUAAACAACUGUUUUGCAAUAACUGACAUUUUAGCUGACUGUUACGUCUAAGUGUUUAAAAUUCAUUAUUUCAAUUAAUUAUUUAUGAGACUUGAAGGGACACUGCAGACCCCUAAAGCACUUUAGCUUGCUGCAAUGCUUUAUCUGUGAAGAGUGUGUCCUCUUUUUUUCAUUUUACGAAAAGUGCAGAUUUCAAUAGAAAUUGACACUUUUAUAAUAUAACUUGGUUACAACCCCCCUGGCUGUCAAUCAAACAACUGGUCCUGUUACUUCCUGGUUUGUUUAGGUCAGUGGAGAUAAACUCAAGAGACAAAUACUUCACAUUGAGGUCAGUGGAGAUAAACUCAAUAGGUAGAUGCCCAGAGCACCUGCCUUGCAAAGACUUGUCAAUGAGCUGCAUUGUGAAGUUUGUGAUUGGACAGCCACAGAAAGUCUGGGCGUGGUUAGAAGGGGAGGGUUUGCAAAGGCUAAAGACAAAAGAUCUGUAGAUAUUGCAAGCUGUUUUUAGAUAUACUCCAAGUGAAAAAAUGCAUAAUGAAAUACAUGCAUGUUUUCAUUGGAGGUUUGUCUGCUAAACAGUGAUUUCACAAAAAAUGGGCAGUGGAAUGUCCCUUUAAAUAAUCCCCCAAACCCUGCACCUACCAAUUGUCGGAUACAGAUGUGCAGAUCCACAAAUUGUUUAGCUAUUUAAAUCACACCAGUUUCAGUGGAAUCAACCCUAAUGGUUAAUGAUUGAUAUCUUUAAUUUAUACACAUUGCUGGGCAGCACUUUCCAUGAACUGACCCCUAACAUUGGCUACCUGUGGUCAAGGAGUAGUGGCUGAGAGAGGACUGCCCAUAUAAUAAUGAGACAGUGUAUGAGAGAAUAAGUUGUCUUCAGCCAGAUUUAUUGUUCUACGAAUUGCAUAGAAAACAGAGUCAGAGUGGGACCUAUAGUGAUUCUCAGAUACAUCUACCUCUCGGUUAUUUUGUCUAUUUGUAAAACAUAUGGUUUAAAAAACAAAAUAUAUAUCACUCAUUCUAAAAAGGGCCAUAGGCUUCACAAAAAAAAUAAUCACAAAAAAUUAUCUUGUAACACAUGACGUAAUUAAAUUAUUAAACAAAAUAAUUAUAGAUACCAAUUUGAUGAGGAUACAAGAAAAGCACAUUUACCCAACUUAAUAUAUUAUGAACAAAUAAUGAAUAUGCAACCUGAACUGUAUUCUACGUUUCUGCCACCAGGUGGCACCAGCUGCUUUUCAUGUAACUGGGAAAAUGGUCUUACAGCGAGAAAGUCUGUUUUAGUCCAAAGACAAUUAGUGCCAUUCUGAAUUGGAACCCUGGAAGAUGCACAAUAUGGUAUCACUUGCAACAGAUGUGUGAAGAAUCCGUGUUUGUUUUUUUUUUUUUUUUAAAACUGUCAUUAUGACAGAUAAACUAGCAUCGUAAGCCUAAUGGAAUUUAAAGGACACGGUCAUCAGAUUUUCACCCUUAAUUUUUAGAAGUAUGUUCAGUUUAAUGAAACUUAAUGAUAUUGUUUUAGUGAUGUAUACUGUAUACAGUUUCACACAGAGCAAUAACAGCAGCAGAAAGUUAGGUUGAGCAGCAGUUGGUCAGGUAACUGUAGAGUGGGAACAAACAAGUUGGCUCGGCCAAAACUAAAAAAAUAAAUAAAUCAAUGUACAGAAUUUAAAACAAAUCAUUAAGUCUAAUUAAAUUUAAUGCAUUUAAAAAAAAAAAAUAAGAAGUGAAAAUUUGAUGACAAUCAUCCUUUAAAAGUUCAACAAUCUGCCGGCACGAUGCCAAGUCUUCGAGUCUUUACAUAGUCUCAGUAUUUUCACCUAUCCACGUUUCCCUUUCUGAUGGUUUCAGGCUUGCAGAGAUUUUGUGAAGACAUUGAAAUGAUGAUCGGAUUUCAGCCAAAUCGAUUCUGGAAGAUCUGUUGGGCUUUCGUGACACCAACUAUUCUAACUGUAAGAUAUUUUUUUUGUUUCCAUUUUAUGGUCCAUCCAAAACUCAAUUCUUGAGGCUUGUAGACAAUUUUUAGGUUAAUACUUUAUUCAGUUAAUCAUGAAGCACAAUUAUUAAUUAAAUAGUAUUUACAGGAACAGUGAAAUGCAGUCUCCUAUAAAGUCUGUGGGCAUUUUUGUAGAUAAAUCAUUUAAAACAGAUUGUGAUCAUUUAAAAUGCUUAUCUGAAAGAAUUAAAUUGAGGCCUCUUCAAGACUUGAAGAAUGAAAUAUUUUCAAUGAAAAGUGAAUGCUGAACCAAGAUGAUCCAUUAGCAUUUAUUUGUAAAAUGUGGACAUAGUCAACAAAUGUUUCAAUAUAUUUGUCUGCAAGAUUAUUAUCUAAAAAUUAAAUUACUGGGACAUGGGGUUCGCAUACAGAGUGCAGAAAACUAACAACAGAACGAAAGUGUUGGUUAGAUUGUGAUUAUCAUGGAUAAAUAGGUGUUAUGAUUUUGGGGUUUUGGGGUAGAAUCAUAGGCGUGCGCACGGGGUGUGCCGGGUGUGCCUGGGCACACCCUAAUCACACCUCCGUGCUGCACUACCUUUGGGCAGACUAACAUGUCGGAUCCCACAGGAGGGGGCCCAGCGGCUUGCCCACAAUGCCGCCAGGUGCGAGGCCCCUCCUGUCAGUCUGCCCUGACGGAGAUCCAGCCUCAGUCUGCAGCUCCGCCGGGGGUGAGCUGCAGACUGAGGUGUCUCGCGAUCUCCAGCCUGUUAGAGCGUUACCACGGCAAUGCUCUGCCUGGAGAUCGCGAUACUCACCAGGUGGUCUGCAGCUCACUCCCGGCGGAGCUGCAGACUGAAGAGAGAGGACGCCCACUGGACCACCAGGGAAGGUAUUUAAAGCCCCCUCUGCCCCAUGUCAUUCACUGCCCCCCCACCUCCCCUCUACCCCCUGUCACUCACUGCCCCCCACCCUACCCCCUGCCACUGACCCUCUACCCCCCAGCCCCUGUCACUACCCCCCACUGUCACUGCCCCUCUACCCCCAGCCCCUGUCACUGCUCCUCUACCCCAAGAGCCUGUCACUACCCCAGCCCUGUCACUUGCCCCUCUGGCCCCCUAACCCCUGUCACUUCCCCUAACCCUUGUCACUGCCCCUCUACCUAACCCCUGUCACUACCCCAUAGCCCAUCACUACCCCUCUACCCCCUAACCCCUGUCACUACCCCCUAACCCCUGUCACUGCCCUCUACCCCCUAACCACUGUCACUGCCCCAUGACCCCCUAGCCCAUGUCACUGCCUAUCCACCCCUAACCCCCCUGUCACUACCCCUCCUACCCCCCCCACCCCUGUCACUGCCCGUCUACCCCCCACCCUGUCACUGCCCCUCUAACCCCCUAACCCAUGUCACUGCCUCUCCAUCCCCCUUGACCACUGUUACUGCCCAUCCACUCCCCCCAACCCUGUCACUGACCCUCUACCCGCCAACCCCUGUCACUACCCCUCUACCCCCCCCUGUCACUUGCUACCCCUCUACCCCCCUAACCACUGUAACUAACUGUCUACCCCAACCCCUGUCGCUGCCCCUCCACACCCCUAUCCCCUGUCGUUGCCCCUCCACACCCCUAACCCAUGUCAUCCACACAGUGCACCCCUCACAAUCAUACACACUGUACCCCACACACACUGCAUCCCUCACAAUUACACACAAUAUACCCCUUACAAUUACACACACUGUACCCCCCACACACUGCAUCCCUCACAAUCAUACACACUGUACCCCACACACACUGAAUCCCUCACAAUUACACACACUGUACCCCUUACAAUUACACACACUGUACCCCUCACAAUCACACACACUGUACCCCUCACACUCACACACACUGCACCUUUCACAAUUACACCACACUGUACCUUUCACAGUUACACACACACUGUACCCCUCGCAAUCACACACACACUGCACCCCUUACAUGCUGCAUUGCUCACACUAACACACACACACUGCACCUAUGUAUAUUUGUAUUUGUAUACAUAUAUGUGUGUGUAUGUAUAUGUAUAUGUAUGUGUGUGUAUGUGUAUAUAAAAAUGUAUAUACACACGGCGUGUGUGUUUGUGCUUUAGGGUGCACACCCUAAUGCAACAGGCUGCGCACGCCUAUGGGUAGAAUUAAGAUGUUUUUAGAAAGGAACCUAAAGUAACAAAAAUAACAUUUGUUAUGUUGGGAUGAUAGAAUCCCUCCUAUACACCUCCUACUGUCCAUCCCCUAUGUUAAUUAAAAAUAUAAUUAUAAAAAAAAAAAAAAACAAGUACAAAAGAUGGCACAAAAAAAAUUAUAUAAAAAAUAUUAUUGCUAUGAAAAGAUGCACCUCAUAAGUGUUAAUAAGGUGCAUCUUGUUAAUAAAAAAAUAUAAUUAAAUAAUUUAAUAAUGAUUACUGAUGUUGCCUCCAGCUCCUCCAUUGGUGAUGUCAGCAUCCAAGCUCAGAUCACCUGUGAUCUCCUCCAAUCCAUUGCUUUUUGUAGACAAGCAGUGUAUUGGAACUGGACUGCAGAGCCAAACACGGUGCUCCUCCAAUCAGCAAGAUUUUAAUAGAAGUCACAGACAAGUAAAUUAUUUGCAAUUAUAGAUUUUUUUUAUUAUUGUCCUUUUUUGUUCAAUACAUUCUGUGUAGUUAUAUUAUUUUUCUAUUAAAAUAAACAUCUGAUGUCCACUUGCCAAACGAAAUUAAAUUUAUCUUUGAAUUUAAGUACAAACCAAUCUUUAUGUUACUAAUAUGUUUAGGGAGAUAGAGAGCACCUAACAACGGCAGAGAUAGGGAGAGAAAGAAGAAUUGCAUAGAAUUUCAAAUAAAGUCAGAGUUAGCACUUUUAAGAUACGUGUCAUUUCUAACAUACUUUAUUGAUACAUUCCUCGUGUAAAGCAAUUAUCACUACAUUUAAAGCUGAAUCUGUGAUUGUAACCCUAUUAUAGAAAUACAGAUUCGUUUGUUCUUUUUUAACAUGAUAUUUCUUCCAAGUGCUACCAUCCUCUGAUUUUCAAUAAUUCAUUUCAUGGCGAUGAUGAUUUAAUCACUCAUGUUAUUCACUAGGUUUAGACUGUAAUGAUGAUUUGCAAGAUUAUGCGAAAAUUCCUAGAAUUAAUCUGGAAUUGCAAAUCAGAUAUUUAUUUAAGGCACAUCACAUAUAAAUUUGGAUCAAGCUGAAUGUGCAAUCCAGUUUGGACCGAUUUGUGUCUUCAAAAACAUCAGCUGAUAGACGGUCUGAAUCACACACAAAAUGAUUAAAUAAAUUUGCAUUUUAAAAGCGAGAUCAAAGAAAUUCACAAAUUUUGCUACUGUUUGCACAAUCUGCCAGUGAACAAAUAGUUAAAAAUAUAUAAAUAAAAGGAAUCUUAUGGCAAUCCUGGUGAUAUGGUCCCUAAGAUUCUCUAGAACCACAAGUAGUGGUGAAAGGGUUAAAAACAAAGUAAACGGGUGGCCUCAAUUAUUUAAGCGUUUAGUUAUUUUGUCUUUUAGUUGUUUCUCCACUGGCUGAUUAAUAUGGGGAAAUAGCCCAGGAAUCACAUUAUAUUCCAUGAUUAAUAUGGUUCUUGAACUAAUUCAAGCACUUUUAAUGUCGCCUGGGCUGGUUCAUGAAUCAGAACAGAAUGGGAACUUAUUCAGAUUAAUUAAGAGUCAGUUUGGUAACAUAUAGAAUAUAGUUUUGGUAUAACUAAAUAAAUACCUCGAUAGUUAGCAAAGAUUUUCUCGAGUGAGAUUUAUUCUUUAACCCCUUAAGGACACAUGACAUGUGUGACAUGUCAUGAUUCCCUUUUAUUCCAGAAGUUUGGUCCUUAAGGGGUUAAACCAGGAUUUGUGAAGAUUUAGGCCAACACAUUUGGAUUAAAAGUUACAAGUCCUUUGUUGAUUUUUCACUAAGUAGAAAACUUUUGCAUUCGGUUUCAAACAAAUUUGCCUGAAUUUCAGACGAUCGACAAUUCAUCCGAAAUCCCGAACUCUGAAACGCUAAGUAGAUGAAAAAACGAAACAAAUAAAAUGAGCAGUGGAUGAAACCUUGAUAUAAUUCAGAGUUCUUUCUAUCAAAAUAAGGAACACCAUCAGCAUAGCAUUCUGGUGCUUACAAUAACGAGUUAAAGCUAGCAUCGGCUGGAUGGAGAAACAGGGAUGGAGUGGAUCUCUUUUACUCUAGUGUAUGCCUCCAAACAUUCCAAAUGGAAUGGUCAAAGAGGGUUUUAUUUUAGAGGUGUUAGUGGGGGUGUGGCCUGUGGCCAGGGAUAUUCUCAGAAAUUUAAGGUGACUUACGGAUAACAAUUUAUACAUCUAAAAUUUAAUUUGUAACAAGAGCAAUGUAUCUUAUUUACAUAGACUGAUUUCUAUUGAUUUUAUUGUAGUUUAAAGACACAUAACUGGGAGUAUUAUUGCUGUGGAGCUCUGUUAUACACUCGGACUCACUAACAAUAUCGAGCUCCUAGAAAAGAGGGACAUUAGGAUAGAAAGAGGGAGAGAGGGAUUUGGGUGGUGUCUUUACUCCAUGAGGUGGGGUAACCCAAUAGGUGACAUGCAUUUCUUGUGUUUUAUAAGUGUGUGUGAGUGUAGGAAAUCUGCAGAACCCAUCACUAGCAUUAUUUUCCCACAAAACAAUCCUCAGUUAUGAUGUUUGUGUCAGAAUUCAUGAAUGAUCCAAUUUUGACUAUGGUAAUUGUGUAUGCAGUUCUUACUUGACACACUGGGUGUCAGUAUAAUGCAGAUAUUGUAACAUUUGAGACUUUUUGGAAAUGUUGGUAGAUUAAAGGACAACUGCUACAUCAAAAUAAUUUUUAAUACAAUAAUUCUGUCAUCAAGCUAUGAAAUUAACUAUUUUUUUGAAGUAUAUGAAAAAGGAAUUUUAAAUAAACUUUUACCUUUAAUAUAUGACAGGAUCUUUCAGCCAUAUGCACGCACCUUGGGUCAGACAGUGUUUGAAAACCGACAGUUAGUCUCUAUGAUCUUUCCUACUUCAUUCCCUGGACAGAAACUAGGAAGACCAUAGAGACUUACGGUUGGAAUUCAAACACUGUCUGACCCAAGGUGCAUGUACGUGGCUGAAGGAUUCUGUCAUAUACUAUAGGUUAGGGAUGUGCAAGGGCAAACAAAUUGGUUUGGUUUGGUUUGGAAAUUCAGGUAAGACAAACUUUUCGUCUGCUUCGACAAUUAGGACCAAUGACAUUUGGUUUGGUUCAGCACUAUGGCAAUUCGGAACUUCGGUAAUUCGGACCCUAACCCUAUCCCUAACACUUACCUUAACCCCUAACUCUAACCGCUAAAUGCUAACCCUAACCCCUAGACCUGAACCCUUAAACCCUAACCCCUAACACUAAACUCUAAUCCUAAACCCAAACCCUAAACCCUAACCCUAACACUACCCUUAACCCUAAUCCUACCUUUAACCUCUAACCCCUGAAUCCUAAACCCUAACCCCUAACCCCUAACCCUACCCCUAACCCUAACUCGCAACUUUAGCAAUUCGACAAUUCAAACUUCAGACAUUAGUAAGCAUCCGAAUGUCCAAAUUUCACGAAAUUCAUCCGAAUGUACGAACGAAAUGAAUUGCACAUGUCUACUAUAGGUAGGGAUGAGAUUUUCAUUUUUUUUUUUUAAAAACAUCUAUUUCCUUUCAAAACUUGAUAAAAGGAUUACUAUCUUAAAAUUAGUUUUGAGGUAAUAGUUGUCUUUUAAAGACCAUUCCACAGUCUGAUAGUUCUGCAUUAUCUAAAUUCUCCAAAUUCAGCUUACCUUGCUUAGUAAUGACAUACUGAUGGGGCACACCCAACAUUUAUGGUUAACUUAUUCUUGUUGUUUGUAAAGGCUAAAUGGUUAGAAAUAUGAAUCUUACAGGAGAAUAUGGCUCAUUAACAGGCAUCGACUAGUAAUUGCUGGGAUCACUGGGGUUAUAAUAGCAAAAUACAUCAGUUCAGGAGGUGAAAUGCUAAUAAACAGCAUGGGGACUGGGGGCUAUAGAUUUUCUAUAUAUUGGUGUCUCAGAUAAACAAGAACCAUUGUUACAGACAAUUGUUGGAAAAUUUGUUAGGUAGAAUUUCAAAAUGUUCUGGAGCCAUAGCUGCGUUACUACAUCAUGAAUCUAAUAAUUAAAGAACUGCAAGAAUCACUAUUAAUAGAGAUCAUGGUAGAAUAUAUGUCAUCAAAGUGGAUGAAAGGAAUUAACCUGCAGAUUGUGGAAGGAGUUUAGAAACAAAAUGUAUUAAUUCAGGGUGUAGCAUGUGCAUCACUUCUCAAGCAAUGCUGUAUAGUGCUUCCAUCAGGAGAGAUCGUGGCUGUUGGAGAGGCCAUAUUUUACCCAGCGUGGAGAAGCCUUCUUUUACCCAGGUCUGACAUUUUAAUAAAGAGAUUUCUGGAGGCACAUAGAGGGAAACAUGUCAUAAUUGGGGUUUAACCUCUAGAUCUGUAGAUCUGGGUGUGCCUCCUAGUAAUUGGAAGACAUACAAGCUGAUUAUUAUGAAAACACUAAGUUUCAGUUUAAUAUAAAAAGUAGCCUAAAGAAAUAGAAUAUGAUCUAUUGCUUGCAUUAGUUAAUACUUCGAAGUCAGAGUAUGAAUUUCUAGAUUUGAAGUCUGACAUUUAGGGGUGUAAGCGGGAAUUGGAGUUCAGGCUGUGGCCAUGUGUCUGCUAGGUUAAAAAAAAAAAAAGAAGCAAAAACAAACAAACAAAAAUCACUUUCACUAAAAAAUAAAAAACAGAAAAAUGACAUAGUUACAUAGUUACAUAGCUGAAAAGAGACUUGCGUCCAUCAAGUUCAGCCUUCCUCACAUUUGUUUUUUGCUGUUGAUCCAAAAGAAGGCAAAAAACCCAGUUUGAAGCACAAUUUUGCAACAAGCUGGGAGAAAAAAUUCCUUCUUGACCCCAGAAUGGCAGUCAGAUUAAUCCUUGGAUCAAGCAGUUAUUACCCUACAUUGAAAGAUUAUAUCCUUGAAUAUUCUGUUUUUACAAGUAUGCAUCUAGUAGCUGUUUGAACAUCUGUAUGGACUCUGAUAAAACCACUUCUUCAGGCUGGGAAUUCCACAUCCUUAUUGUUCUUACAGUAAAAAAAAAUUCCUUUGCCUUAGACGAAAUCUUCUUUCUUCCAAUCUAAAUGUAUGACCUCGUGUCCUAUGUAAGUCCGGUUUGUGAAUAGAUUUCCACACAAUGGUUUGUAUUGGCCCCGAAUAUAUUUGUAUAAUGUUAUCAUAUCCCCUCUCAGGCGACGUUUUUCUAAACUAAAUAGGUUUAUGCUGUCAUAAGACAAAGCAUAAAGACAUUAGAACAAAUAUAUAUAUAUAUAUAUAUAUAUAUAUAUUUAUCUAUAUAGUUAUACCUAAUUGUGAGAUAAUUUGUUCUUUAAAAUCUUUGAAUCCCCGUGAUAUAUGCUUAUACAUGUGACAGUUUCUUCUUCAUAUCAUGUUUUGUAAUGUCCAUGUUUAAUUUGCUGCCGUGGCUACCGAGAAAAAAACCACAGAACUGGCCUAUUUCUGUCUAUCAGGUGGAAUGAUUACAGCAAGCUGUUUAUCACUGCAUUCAAAGUGUUUAUUGGGAUUUAUUAUUUAGUGCAGUCCGGGAGGAUUUUGUUCAGGGGACUAAAAGGAGAAGAAUGAAAGAAAUUGAGAAUUCACAGGGAGGGUUCAUCACAUCUUUUUAUGAUGUUCCGAAACCAUUUCUGUUUCCAGACUCUGACAGGCCUGCUAUCAGUAAGGGGGGAAACGGUCCCAGACUUAUCUAUCAUUUAUUGUCCAAUUGACAAACCAAGGCCCGCAGCACACUCAGAGCAAGUAACUCAGUGUAUUGUACAAAGCAAUUCAGGGCUUGGAAGUUUGAUAAAUGGUAACAGAGAGAAUGAAGUUAUAUUACAGAUACAAUGUCCGGAUAUACAACUGACUGUACGCCAUUUACUGACACCAAUCCUCGGGCCAGUAGCGUUCUAGGUCUCAGAGUAGAGAGAAAUGCAAGGGUAAGUUUAAACCCUAUUUUUAAUGCAUUUUGGAGACAAUGCAUUAAAAAAAUCUAUUUAUUUUUUAUUAUUUAUUUUAAAAAAAAUAGCAAAAGAAAAGUUAAUGAGCCAAACACAUUUCCACGCUAGUAAUCAAGCAAAUUAAACUGACAGAAUCUAAAGAUAUAUAAAAUUCAGUGCAGCAAGGGUUAAAGCUAGAUCUUAGGGAAGCCGAGUCUCACCAAUAUAGAGAGAACAACAAACAUUUUAUUUACAUAAAAAUCUCUUCAAUUCACAGUGUUCAUAAAAAAAAUAAAAAAAAUAAAAAUGUUUGAAAAAAGAGUGGAAUGAUCAAAUAUUCCACAUACACAGAUUGUUAACAUAAAUCACUCACAUGCGGAAACACUUAAUAUCCGUUAUCCCAUGUGAUAAAGCAGAGGUUUACAUCUAUCAACAAUCUCUUGGCAAUCUCACAGCACUUUGCUGUAAAUGCAAUACUCUCAGAGGCUUUUCUUCGGAAAAGAGCGAUUGCAUAAACCUGUGCUGGUGGUAAUGUUAAGCCGAACAGUGACAAUUCUCUAACUCAUAUGUUUUUCAGGACUAACCUCGACCAAAAUAUAUCAAUACAUGUUGCAUUUCUGGAACCUGGGACUUUGUCAAGACAACAAGUAGCUCACUGCUUACAUGUUCACUGACAAUCCUGCGAUUUAUUCUAAUUACUGUAGUGUCCAAAAAGUAGAUCCCCAGAUGUUUUAAAACUACAGCUUACAUGAUGCUUUGCCAUUCUAAAGGCAUUCCAAAGGCACGCAAAGCAUCAUGGAAGUUGUAGUUCUACAACAUCAGGGAAUCGACCUUUCGAGCACCCCUGCUGUAGUGAUUAGAGUGCCAAGAGUGCUCUGGCCCCCUCCACCCCACCCCCACCCACAUGUAAGUGGCCAAACCAUGUUCUAAUUUAUGUUGAAUCACAUUCAAGCAAAGCAUUGUACAGUUAUUUUUUCAACAAGCAUCUUCCAGUCUACCUGUACACAGUAGGGGCAGUAUCUAUAGGGGGUCUUGCAGGCAUUGAGAUGUAUUACAGAAGACCUUUCAGUAAAUCUAACAUAGGAAUUCUAUAAAGAUAUUAAAAGCAUUGUGUGAUUGCCAUAUACCCAGGGAUCUUCAGCUUUCAGUCCACGCACUUAUAGAGUUAAAGCCAUGUUAUUAUGAUAAUUGCAUUGAACAGCAGUGAUUUGAACAGUUGUUACAUGAACAAAUUGCCAUUAUACAGCAUGUAGACUCAUUGCGCACAGGCAUACUGUAAAGAUCAAAGCUGUAGUGAGCAUGUUAUCUUCCUUGGAUGACUGUACUGCAGUGCUGAUAACAUAUGGCCACCACGCUGGCUACAAAUCCUUCUCUUCCUGAUUUUUUUCCCCUCCAGUUCAUCCUGGGUUUUAGCUUUUAUCAAUGGGAGCCGAUGACGUACGGAACGUAUCACUACCCAACCUGGUCCAUGGUUCUGGGAUGGCUGAUGCUGGCGUGUUCAGUUAUUUGGAUCCCCAUUAUGUUUGUGAUAAAAAUGUUUCUGGCACCUGGCAGCUUUAUUGAGGUGAGUUCCAAGAUCUAAGUCAUUACAUAUUCUCACAAAUUGCACAUAACUAUCUAGCGAGCACUUUCACCAAGCUGGAUUCGUGGUCAUUUACAGUCAUUAGUUGGUUGGAUUUAAUAUCCACCAGAACAGCUUGGAUUUAAAAAGUUCCAUCACAAACUGUUGUGGAAAUCUCGCCACGGAUAAGGAAUUUAGUGUAGCUCAUCCCAAAAUCCACUGCCGCUCUUCCAUACUGUUUGUCUCAUAACCCAAGUGGGACAUCAACGUUGCAAUAUAGCAAUUUAACCGAAAUAAAGGGAAGAGAAGCUCAAUUUAUUUUAAUAGCUAAUAAACCAAUAAUUGUUUUUUUUUAUGAUUCCACAAGUUUGCUUUUUAUACAAUUUCACGCGGAAUUUUUCCAAAUCAAAUUACUUUUUCAGUAAAUAGAAUGGUAUCAGAAUGCAGGCCAUUUUUAUUCUAAUCAGCUCGGCUGCCUUCUCAUACUUCUCUUGGUGACGGUGAAUAAAAUUACCAUAACCAGAUAAUUAUAAUCUGUUUUCCAUCAUCAUAAUGUUUUUUUUUUUUUCCUACGGUACUGGGUUAUAUUCUCCUGGGCAUUAUCAUAAACAGAAAUUCAAUUACUUUGAUGUAACCCACUGCUAAGACUGAGCAAUGGAUGAGAAACAUUUGGUUAAGUGCCUCAAAACUACGCAAAUAAUAUUUUAUUCCUGCUUUUUAAUGGAACAACAUGACCUGCAUCAUAUUCCACCUUUAAAUAUUAUUGGAUCAGAUCUGUUUCAUGAAUAUUAAAGGACUAGCUGUAAACAGAAUUGACUAAACUUUACCAAUCUCUGGUACACAGACAGUUAAGACAAGCUGUAUUCAAUAAAAUGUUUUAUCUCUUGCUUUUAAUACAACAUAAAUCAUCUUUUUAUUUGUGCUGCCCCAUCAAGCAUCAAAAAUCUUGUUUAUGAUGUAGAUAAAUCAACGCAAGAUUCACAGGAAAAAGUGUCCCCCUCCCCCCGAAGGCAUACAUGAAUUGUUCUUUGAUAUUUUUUUACUAGUGUCCCCAUGACCUUACAAUCCAUUUAUAUUAAGCGUGCCAUCAUUUUUGUUACAAUAAUGAGUGAGGGGAGACACUUAUGCUGCCAAGCCAUCGAGAUGAGCCUGUAAGGUGUUUUUGCAGCAUUUUAUGUGUGUUGCAUUAAUAACUAUAUUCUGCCAGGUUUAAAGCUUUGUGCUAAUUUUGCUUCUAUCCCCCGUUAGAAUUUCAAAAGCUCAAAUCUUUAUUGAUGCUGGAGAGAAGCACAAUAAAAUAAAAUAAAUUUUUAUACUUCCUGUAGAGAUUAAGAAUUUAAAAUGUUACUAUUUUACGUGAAGCACAUAUUUUUAUAUCAGUUCCCAUUAGUUCAUAGGGAAACAAGGUUGCUUCUGGUCAGUCACAUCCUGUAAAUGCACAGGAUAUGAUGCCACUUCCUGUCAAUUUACAGCUUAUAAUGUCAUUUCCUGUCAGUUUGUUCAUAUCAUGCCUUGAUUGAGGCUUAGAUUUCGGGGCAUUAUUUGGCUGUAUAUGGGAUAUUCUGGUAUUAUGAGAAUUGUAGGGUUCGUUUAUUAAAUAACUGUGUUAUGCUCAAUGAGGUUUACGUAUAAAUUAUCAAACUGCUCUUCUGGCCCUUAGUUUGACUGUGUACAGGUAUGUCACACAUAAAACCAAUGAAUUAUCUAAGUAGCAAUAUGUUUGUUUUUUGCUUCUCCAUUCCAGAGACUCAAGCUUGUAUGUACUCCUCAGCCUGACUGGGGUCCAUUCUUGGAAAAGCAUCGUGGAGAACGCUACAAGAACAUGAUGGAUCCACUGGGUACCUCUUCCUUAGGUCUCAAACUUCCACCUAAGGAUUUCGAUUUAGGAACCCAGUGCUAGUAUAUCUGGUGUCUGUACGUGUGAAGUACAGAGGUCAAUCUUCAGUCCGCCUCACAUACUUUUCUUCUUGUUUCAAACAGUGCCGGUGUGGUCAUAACUACACGCUAAGGUUUCACGUUGCAUGUUCUAGCCAACACCCAAACUGGCUGCCACCUUGCGCACUGGCUUCUUUUUGUGCCAUGUCCAUUGCCUCCAUUUUAACGUACAAUUUCUGGCAAAGGAAUAUUCAUUUCCCUUCAUUUUAAGUAUAUGACCCUGGAAGAAUGCAGAGUCUGAUUGCAGAAUAAAAUCACCAGUUCAGGAACUUUCCAUUGUUAAGAGGGGUUUUUGUUCCUCUUUUGGGUAAGAAUGUAAUAUGCUUUAUAAGGACAGUCUCUGCACAUUUUUUGUCCUAAAUGUGAUCAGCCUUAAAUAGCAAACAUAGGCUGGCAACUCAUGCAAAACUCCAGAGAGGAGUAUAGCAAACAUGUGCAAUAGCUAAAGACUAAGCACUGGCAAGGUGCCUAUAGAUUAUAUUAUUAUAAAUCCGGGCUUUGUCUGUAGCCGAUUUAAUGAGAACUCUGCUGGGAUGAGUUUUAAUAAUCCAAAAUAAUAUCUAAAUUCAAUCAUUCAAGAACCAAACUAAGUUCCCCAGGCUGUCUCCUGGGCAUACUAUGCAUUGCUUAGACCAUCUUGUUGGGUGGGUUCAUAUUUAUUUUUAUGAAGAACAUACAAUAAUCCUUUGUCUUCCAAUAAACAAAGCCUUUGAUGCAUCUGGAAGCGAUUCCAACAUAGAGCAACGUUUAUCUUUAUUUGCAUUUUGUAAAUUUUUCUCAUUAUCGCCCCUAAAAGCCAUUGUAUAAUUUGUGCCUAAUUUUAUAUUCACACUGUAGUGUGUGCACCCAAACAAUAGCUCCGGUCCUUUGCUGUUUGUGUUUAGUAACAAAACCCUGUCUCUGUUUAUUGUCUUUCCAUAAUUUCUAAAUGUAUUUAACUACUAGAACCUGACUCUAUAUAUUAUAUAUAUAGUAUAUUAAUGUUUAAAAGGCAUAUUCUCUUCUAUGUCAAGCCAUAUGUGUAUGUAAAUAGUUUCCUUUUAACGGCUGGUUGCCGCUGGAAUGUGGUCGCUGCAAGUCCUACUAUAGAAUUAGCGGCUUGUGGCACCAAAACUCUUGGAAAAAAACAACUCCUAAUAGGAGUUUUCCAAUGGAAUUAACGGGACAGACAGCUUCCAUACAUGUUGUUUGUUAACGUCAAGAGGAGGGGGUCAACGUUUUAGAAUUAUUUCUUAUAGGUGUACGAUCUUUGCAGAUAAAGUAUUCUUCUACAGUUCCACUCUGCUUAUACAACUACAAAAUAUAGCAUUAAGUUUCUACUUUCCUUUGAAUACAAGGAGGGAAUAUAGUGGAGCAGAACGUGGCCCGUGCAAAGUGCACUAAUGAUAUGACUUUAAAGUGUCCAUUUCAUGGGCUAUCCAGCCUGUCUAUGAAUCUGAUCAGCAGAAUGUGGAUGUUAAAUCCAUAAACUGCAUCAGAGACUUUUGGCACCAGUCAACAUUUCCCUGUUCUUCAGCUUGUAGCAUGCACACUUGUUCGUGGGUAACACUAUCUUGUGAAAUCUUCCUUGUUCUGUUGUGUUUUGUGUUAGUGUACCUUUGCCAAGUCAGCCCCCAAAAAAUAAAUCACACUUCCUGUCAUGUAGGUGCGGAGAGGAAGGAAUUGUGGAGAAGUGAGUAGGAUGUAUUUGGGGAAAACUAAGUAUUAUGAAAUAUAGAUCACAUUUGCUGAAAGAGACCAAGUUGAUUCUUUGAAAACCUGGAAUAUUUUACAAGAACUGUUUACUUGCUGAGCACUUGCUAAGUGUUCUAGAAAUGUGUCUUUUAUGUGCAACAUCGUUGAGCAGUAAACAAACAUGAGAGCAUUCAUGGAGCCAAGUACUUUGAAGAAAGGAGACCAGCUGGGCAUUGAUGAUAGAACAUCCAGGUUUAAACAAGCACCAGUUCUGAUUUCACAGGCAAUGCAUCAUGGAUAUUUUCUCUGCUUUGCCAGAAAGGCAAAUGUGUUGCAAAAGAAUUCACUCAGAGAGACAAAAGUGUACAUUAACCUCCUGAAUUCCAAAGGAGAAGCACAUUGCUGAAACUCGAUUAGUUAACCCCCAAGUGCUGGGAUUCUCGCAAUAAUCUCCCUAUGCUACUAGUUGUGUCUUUUAUAUCUCUAUUACAGUCUUAUUGUGAAUUUAGAGAGCAUAUACCCAGUAUUGGAAGACCUGUGGACACAGUGACUACAAAACAGUUCUGAUUAGGAAUAUUGAGAUCACCUACCUGGAAGUGAUGGGUUUUGUGUGAGACAACAUUUGUCAAAUGCCCCUUGUGUGGUUGCUGAUAGUUAGACUACAAAAAUUCAGACAUUCCACCUAUUAUCUUUCUUUAAUGUCAUGUCAAAGGGUCUCAGGAAAACCUUUUAGUUAAUUCCACAAACUUCAUACAAUAGUCAAACCUCUAUUCCUGACUAUGGACUACUAAAAUUUGGUGUCAGGUGCGUGCAGAACAUUCACGGAUUAACCAAGCUGCCCUUUGGGGUACAAAUUCUACUGCAUAAUUGCAGUCUCUGGGUGAAGGUUUGCAAAAUAUCCGCUAACUGUCCCAUCUCCAUUCAUCAAAAAGGAACACUAAACCAAUCAUGAAAAUAUACAGAUGUGAAAUCUACUAAACUCUUAUGCAAGAAAGGAGUUUGUUUUGAAAAGAUUAAAAUAUAUCACCUCUCUUUCUCUCUAACGGCGCCCCAAUGUGUAAUGAAUGUCCCCUGCUGUAUCGUCUAGAUUUUUCUUUAAGUUCCAACCUAGAACAAUGCACAUUUCUUCCAAGGUGACAGCAAUAAAGUGACUUUGUGUACUUAUGUAUAAUGAGUGGUAAGUCUUUAGCACUUUCUCUGUCAGUAGGAUUACAUUUGUCAAUAAUUAGUUAUUAGUUUCAUUUUUCUUCCCUGGUGUAUGCCCCCUUCUGCUGGUUUUAUCCCAGGUAACAUCGUGUAUAGUUCUAAUAUAAUUCAUGAAAUGCUGACAAUAUCAAAUUAUUAUUUGUAUGUCUCCCCCCCAUAUUCUCUAGAGCUAGAGGAACCAUAUUGUGUUGUGAGGUUUGUGAGAAAGAUUGGGUUAUGGUAUUUCAAAUACAUUUCAAUAUUUCCUGAAACAGUAAUUAUAUUUCCUGUAGACUGCACUCAAGAACCUCUGUCAGCCAUUAUGUUGCUGAAAUUGCUUCCCCCUCCCCCUCUAAAUAUCUACAUCGCACAACGGAGGAGGAGAUGGACCAUGUCUCUCAGGUCCUGCCUUAUUCGGAGAGAUUUAGAAGAUGCAAAUUUUCCAUUGACCACUCAUAUUGUCAAUGACUUUGCCUUCUUAGCACAACUAUCACAUUGUGCUAAACUCACCUCUUCGGAAGCAAACUGGAACACAGCCAUUUCUCUGUGACCUCUGAGCUGCCAUAUAACAAGACCUGGCCUGUCUAUUCCAGGAAUAGACCUUCUCUAUGAAGUGGUGGACCUUCAGUUCAACAUGCCACCAUUGAUGGUCAACAGAUGUUUCAACACCAUUGAUUGUCAACAGAUGUUUCAACAUGGAAUACCAUAAUACUAUCUUAGUAUUUGAGAUGCACAUGUUUUUGUAAUUUCACUAAAGCCACUAGUAGCUAUGAAUAAUGUCCACUAAAGAGUCCAUGACAGAUAAUUUAUCUUGUCCUGCCAAAACCGGUAGAGUAAACCUGGAGGUUGCAUGGUAGAGUUGUCUAAUGUUAAAAGGUGUUUAGUUUUAGACUAUUUAGACUUUAAUUAAAUCUCCCUUGAAUUAAUGUUACGCUAAGCAUAGUCCCCUGUCAAGUUUUAGUCUAUGCUUUUUUACCUGUAUAUCCCAUAAAACUGCUUGAACCCGACGCAGGCCUCAAAGUGUAAACCAUGACAGCUAACCAUUAAUUUGUUAUCCACACCAUACCAGGCAGAUAUAAUCAAAGAUAGACCAAAUGGAAGAUUUUAGGACAUGUUAACGUUUGUGAGUGUUUGCCUGAUAUUUUGUUUAUAACAUUAAAUUUACCCUAAAAUUUAAAUACAUUGUCAGGUAACCCAUUUGCCUUAUUGAUGUGCUUCACAAUUUUGAAUAUUUUUUUUUGUGUGUCAUAUAAAAUGUUGUGUGUGUGUGUGUGUUUUGUGUCACAUUUUUUGGCACUCUUAUUAUGGACCUAUUACUGAAUAGGCAAAAUCCUAAUUACUUGCAUAAUUUCAAAUUAAGAAACAGACUUUGAGGGUAUCUGACUGUGAGUAAGUACCCAUUAUUAGGUCUGUAUAUUAUAUAUAUUUUUUUCCGAUAGCUGUACAUGAAGAAUAUAUAGAAUCUUUAGAAAAGAAGAGCAUUCUAAUUAAAUAUCUAGAUAUAUAUACAUGUAUUCAUAUAUAUCUAUAUAGUGCACAUAUAUAAAUUUAUUGUACAUUAGUCAUUUAAAAAAAAAAAAAUAUUGUUAUCCUUGAGGCCCUACCUCAGAUUUUGUAUUUAUGUGUAC